CCAGUCACUGGUCACAAAUGUCCCAGUUUGACUGCUAGGGAUGGACAGCGUUAGCAGGGACAGACACAAUGUCAUGAUGAGGUCUCCUCAGCCUCUCCUCUGUGCUGGGAAUAAUCAACGGUAGCAGCAGCACAGGGUGGGAGUUAUUAGCUGUGCAAGGGACACACAUUUUGGGGUGGGGAGACGCCUGGAACUUGCAGAGCAUCCCUCUCUUUCCUUUUACACUCAUCCUAACCACUGCCCAGCUCUAGACAGCCCUCAAUCUAGGGGGCACAGCUCUGCACCCCACCACAGCCAAACUUCCAGACUUUCCCCAGGACCCUCAGCCUUGGCAAAUUCAAUCUGUUCCCCCAGUCCAACUAGCCCUGCCUGCCUCCAUCUGUGGGUACAGUCACACCAGCCAAGGACACACAAUGCUCUGUACAGCACUCACUGGGGACAGUUCUGCAGGUAAACCACUUAACUGGAUAAAAGUUACCAGUCCUCCAGAAACAAGUAAGUUGGGUCUCUCUGUGUGUGUACCUCUCUAUUGUCUUUCUAACUCACUAUUUACCAUUCAUUUACACAGUUCUAUAUCUCUUAUUAUCUGAUCGUCUCAUAUUCUCCAUUCUCUCUCUCCAUAAUGCUUUCAUUCAAUCUCACUCUCUCACUCGCAUGUCUCAUUUUUAUUUUAUUCCAACGCUACUUAUUUCCCUAGUUUGCUCUCUCUCUCUCUCUCUCUCUCUCAACCUCAUUCCCAUCCAUUGACUGGCUAAGUAACUUUAAGUGCUAAUGUUUAAAAUACAAAUUAGUCUAAUUAUCCAGGAGGCAUCAUUUAAUAUGAACGUGUUACUUGAUGAUUGUAAGUGUUGCUUACAGCUAAAUCCUGGCUAUGUGUGUACACUUAUCAUUUAAACUGGUAUACAGUGUAACAUACUUCAUUCUUCCACUUGGUACAGCUCUGUGUGACGCCUUAUUUCAACUGCAAUAAUAUGUGUUUAAAUUAAAAGGGCGAUCAUUCCAAUGCAAAAAUGGCAUACCUCCUUGAAAUACCACAACCCCCUUAGGAAUAUAAUUACAUUGGGAAUGGGAAAAUUACAUUAAAAUGAAAGUGCCAUUUCUAGUCCCUUUAUGGCAGUAGUAAUUUCAGGAUCACGUAUUAUCUUAACAUUAGAAUUGAAUAUAAAAAGUGUAUUAAAUGUUAUCAGUGCCAUAACUCCUCUAUUCUCAUUGCCCACUUAAUCCCUUACAUUGUGGAUCAGUGAUCUGUUGGUUAAUUUUGCAGUGAAAGAGUUAAUGAUAAUAUCAUUAUGACUACAACAUAUUGAUGUCAAAGCUGAAAGUAAAAACUCGGAUCCAGUGCUGCUCCUCGCUGGGUUGCUGUAAUAUUGUGUUUAGGCUUAUAGCACUUGGAAAAGUUUGUGAUGUGAACUCCCCAGGCGUCUGUCUAAUAGUUUGUAAAGAGACAUCCUUAAUCUCUUUGUAAUCGCAGAGGAUUAAAAGGGCACAAUUAGUCCUUUCUCGUGUUAAUUUACCUGUAGACACAAUUGACCGAGGACACAGGAGGGUUAAGACAGUCUGCAUGUCAUUAUCUUACAGGCAUGUUUAUUAUAGCUUUAAAUAUCUCUUGCAUGAAAUUAAUUCGUUUAUGUUUCAGCUGAUUUUUCUUUUUUCGAAUAAAAUAAAAAAAACAUUAAAUAUAUCUAAUAUUCCAAUGUACGUAUAUGUAUAUAAAGUAAAUAUAUAUUUUUUUGUUUAGAACUUUGUGUUUAUUUUAUUUUUGCUUGUUUUUUUAAAUUACAUUUUUUAAAGAAAGUAAUUUUGUUUAAUAUAUACAGUACUAGUUUAAGGCUUAUGAUAACUUGAUUGGUUAAAUGACACAAACUGACACUGAAAGUUUAGGAAUGGAACAUUUUCAGAGAGUGCUGGGAGUUUGCUGCAAUACUGUAUCCCAUUGAGUUCUACAUACAGACUAGAGACAGCUUAACACCUAUUAUACAGUGUGCACUGACCCUAAUUUCUUAAAAAAGCACCCCACUCCCCUAUCGCCCUCUACCCAUCAUCCCAUCUCCCUUUGUCCCCCCCCCCCUUAUAUUUCCAUUUUAUUUCUACUCUCUCAUACUUUCUCUCCUCUCCCUCUCUCUCCCUCUCUCUCUCCCCUCUCUCUCUCCAUAGUUCUCUCGUUGCCAAUGUAAUUUUGCAAAGUAUUUGUUCAGUUUCUGUAACGAUCUGUUAGGUAACUGUGCCAAAGAAUAGACUGUCUUAACCUUUCUUUUAAAUUGCUGCCAGGCAUUAAGUGGUGUGAGUGUUUGGAAUUAAAGGACUUUCACUAAUUGCUCCUCAGGAUUAGAAAGUGAAAGUAGGAGGAGAUAAGAGAGAUUUAUAGUGGCCUUCAUGCUGUCUGUGCAAUCAGUAAUACAUACACAUUAUAUUAUCUUUCAUCCCUUCCCAGCAGUAAAUAAAUAUAUCACAAUGGGAUACAGUACAUAUUUGUGGUCCAGAUAAACUCUUAAAGGGGAAUUACAACCUGCGUUGUACUGUAGGUAAUUUUUUUGUAGCCAAUUGGUUUAUUUUAGUCUUGCUUGAAAGCAUUUUUUAUUGUCACCUAUGUGGUUAUUUAGUUUAUUGUGAUUAGUGUUGUUUACAGGGUUAUUCACUAAAAUCAGCAUUGCAGUGAAAUUAAAAUUAAAUAGCAAAAUUAAAAAUAGCCCAUCUGUCUCUAAAACUGAGCUGGAAUCUUUUUCCAGAUUAGUUGUUUUUAACCCAAUUUUUGCUUUUUAGAUUUUAGUUUGCUACAAUUUAGUAAAUCGACCCCUUAAUGUCAAUGCUGAUCCAGUAUUGCAUUUAACUGCCUUCCUUAGGAUGAGAUACACAAAAUAAUGUAAAUCGGGUAUCAAAGUACAAAGAGUAUAAUGAUAUGAAAACAUCACUAAAACAAAAUAUUUUAUUCCUAUAUGUUAUUAAAUAAUGAUACAUAUUCCUGUUUGGCCAGAUCCACUGUGCUUACAUAAUGUUAGCAUAUUGCAGGGGAUAAGUGUGGAAUCCAUAUUAUUAUUAUUAUUAUUAUUAUUGGCAUUUAUAGAGCGAAAGAGCUUACAAUCGUUUAAGCAGGGUCCUCAUCAACCUAUUGUUCCUGUAGCAAUUUAUUUCAUUUAUUGUUAAAUGUCCCCCUUUAUACUAUUGUAAUGAAAUGCAAAUAAUAAUAAUGUGAAUUAAAAACAUUUUAUGAGCUCCUCUGGAACAUGCGGACAUUAUAUAUGCCCAGGAAAGCACAGUGGAUCUGGCCAAACAGGAAUCGGUAUCAUUAGUUGAAUUAGUCUAAGAGCAAUUCAGCAGCAUGUUAAUUCUACAUACUCAAGAUAUGCUUUUUCAUGUACCCCCUUAAAGCAUGGUUAACUAAUAUAUGUCCAGGAAAAAAUGGUGAGUCUGCGAACCCUAACCCCUUAAAUAGUUUGAAAGCAAUACUAUUGGGUAUUAGUAAUUAAACUAAUUUAAGAUGUAAAUUGCAACAUUAAGGCUAAUCUAGCCAAACAAUGACUAUAGCUAGGCUGGGUAAUUUUUCCAGAUCAAUUAAAUUAGUCUAUUUUGCAAUCUAAGUUUUAACUGAUAAUAAAUCAGAGCUUGUGGAUAGUUUUAAAUGUGUGAAGUAUGAUUUCCAGGAUCCAAGAAAAUCCAAAUCAAAUACUGGUAUUUUGUGCAUAUAUAAAUAAAUUCAACUGUGGCCACUCCAGUGACUGAUAUGUGCAUGUGGUAAAAUAGGUAAAACUACCCCUCUAUGUCACCUUGAUGGAUUCCCAACUCCCUCCCCUUUUCCCUACAGCACCCUAAAUUAGCUUUGGCAGAUUAGUAACUCUCUUGAUGCCGGGCAAUGCAAGAUAUUUUAGCUAAUGGAUCCCAAGACCCAAUGGAGUAUUUAACGCCCCCUUUGUAGAGAGAAUGCAAUUUGAAUGUUACAAAGUAAAAUUCUAAAUCUAGCAUAUUAACACGUCAAAGUAAGACUCAAAGCCUACUAAAUCAGCGUAAACAAGAAGUUACUUUCCUUUCCCAAAACUAAUGCUAUUAGAAAUUAUUGCACAGUUUAUAAAUCUCAGUAGAGUAGUUUGGAAAAGGAAAUUAAGCUAACAAUUAUAUUCCUCUUUAUGAUACUUGAGCAUCAGUUUGAGCAACACAUUCAAGGUCUCUUUUGAGGAUGAUAACACAUAACAAUUAACACUUUCCAAAAUUAUAUUUAUUACCUCCAUCCUCCUGUCUCCAGUGGAACCCCAAUAAAUAUAGUGCUCAACAUAAUUUCUUCCCUGUCUUCUCUAAUAUUUUGUUUUGAGCUGACUUAUUAAUUUUAAAUACAAAGGGAAUCAACACAGUAAAGGAAGAGACUACAUUUAACAGAAGAAAAACUAUCACAACAAGAGGACAUAGCCUUAAAGGAUCACUAUAGGGUCAGGAACACAAACAUGUAUUCCUGACCCUAUAGUGUUAAAACCGCCAUCUAGCCCCCGUGGGCCCCUUAUGCCUCCAUAAAUAUAGCAAAAUCUUACUGUAUUCAAGCCAGAAGCUGUAACUCUGCAUGCUGUUUGCCUAAAUAAAAACAAGCAGUCUGCUGACAUCAUCAGAAGUGGUAGCCUGAUCCAAUCACAGUGCUUCCCCAUAGGAUUGGCUGAGACUGACAAAGAGGCAGAUCAGGGCAGAGCCAGCAUGAUUCAAACACAGCCCAUGGCAAUCAGCAUCUCCUCAUAGAGAUGAAUUGAAUCAAUGAAUCUCUAUGAGGAAAGUUCAGUGUCUGCAUGCAGAGGGAGGAGACAGUGAAUGUUUGAAUGCAUUUUAGGCAGCCAUGACCCAGGAAGGAUCUCUAACAGCUAUCUGAGCAGUGGCCAGUGAAGUUAUCACUAGGCUGUAAUGUAAACACUGCAUUUUCUCAGCAAAAAGCCUGAAGGUAAUGAUUCUACUCAACAGAACAAAUUCAAUAAGCUCUAGUUGUUCUGGUGACUAAAGUGUCCCUUUAAAUUGGACGGGCAAAGGUUUAACAAUAAUAUCAGGAAGUAUUACUUUACUGAGAGGGUAGUGGAUGCAUGGAAUAGCCUCCAGCCUUCCAGUUGAAGUGGUAGAGGUUAACACAGUAAAGGAGUUUAAGCAUGCAUGGGAUAGGCAUAAGGCUAUAAGAUAAUGCCAGGGACUAAUGAAAGUAUUUAAAGUAUUUAGAAAUUGGGAAGACUAGAUGGGCUGAAUGGUUCUUAUCUGCCGUCACAUUCUAUGUUUCUAUGUUACUUGGAUUUUUCUAUAAAAUGUGCAACAUUAACAUGUAAAAAGUCAGAUAUGUUUUAACCGCUUUACUACCAAGUGAUUUGCCAAAAAGCUACCUCAAGAAUUUGUAUGUCCUGGAAAGUAGUGUUAAAAUGUAUAUUUGUUUCAGUAUGCACAGAUAGCCCUUUAUUUAAUGUGAACAAAAACAAACAUUUUGGUUAGAUAGAAAAACGUUAACCCUUUAAGGACGGAGGCAAUUGUGCAAGUUCUGACCACAAAAACAAAACCUAGAAUUUGAGCUAUAUGUCUGUUCAAUCAUAAUUUACCAAUUUCAUAUUAAGUGUACCUAUGUAAUAUGAAAACUUAUAUAUCAUUUUGUUCAGGAGAAAAGGGCUUUCAUUUCACAUCAAAUACUUAUAUAUGGAACACAAUUUAACAUGAAUAAGUACUUAAGAAUAAGGAAAAUUGUUUCAUACUUUUUUCUUUUCCUGAUCAUUAUUCAUGGCAGCAUUUACUCAUGGGUUAGCUCCUCUCCUCACAGCAGAAAGAACAUGAAAUAGAAUUUUGAAACUGGUAUAAAUAGAUCCUAUUUAUACCAGUUUCAGAGUUCUAUUUCCUGUCCUCUCUGCUGUGAGGGUAGGAGCUAACUCAUGAGUAAAUGUUACCAUGAAUAAUGAUCAGGAAAUGCUGUUAUUUUCCAAUUUCUGCAUGGCAUUAUGACGGACCGCCUGGCACCCCAACAGGGUGCGCAUGUCAGUCGAUGCUCCUAGUGCUCACCAAGGGCUCCAAGCACUCCACCCAACACCAUCAGCACUGUAGUUCCCACGUCCAGCGUUACAGCUUGGCUGGGAACUCGCCGUCCUCCACCCACCCUGAACCCAAGACCAGGAUUCGGCUUCCAGAGAGCAUAGCAGGAACAGCUCUUAAAAGAGCUAGUGAUUAUAAUCCCAGGGGUGUAUAGUGAUAUAGCAAUCCCCAGGGUAGAUACAGCCAUUUCCUCCACACAUGAGAUGAGACUUGACACCCGCGUGGACCUUGUUGGGCACAGGGGCACAAAGUUAACAAACCAAUAAAAACAGAGUUAUACAGUAAGACACUCCCAUACAAUAUACACAAUCCCUCCCCUCUGCCUGGGAGAUAAUUAAGGCAGAUAAUGCAUUAACAAUUAUCUCCAGGCAGAAUAUUGUUUUUAUAAAGUCCCAUAAGUACCCCAAAACACAACAUAUCCCCACAAAUGUUACAUCCCCUGAUAUCCCUGAUCUGGGUGAUCAACAUAUCCAACAAUCACCCACAUCAGAUCCGGGGUUCAGAAAUAUUAUGGAAGUCAUAGUUUUGCCCAGGCGCAGGCAUGGUCCCAUGCCCAAAACAGUUCAAUAGAAUCGUGGCUAAGUGCCGCUGGAGGACCUACCGGGAACUGCAAGGUUUUCAGGAUGAAAAUAGUUCCAGGGCAUUCACUCUGAAGUCUAUUUGCGGUUUUGGUCCAUGCAAACAAGAUGGCUGCCACCACAAGUUGGAAUGUCGAAUGGUGGACACUUCGACUGUUCAGGAGUUUGAAGUGCCACUUAGAAAGUUCGAACUGUGGCCAUAAAAAUCCAAAAAAGCACGAACAGUGAUUUAAACCAAGUUUUAUCACAGGGGCCGUAGUCACAGGGUAGGGGGCUGGCAAAUUCUUCUUUUUCUUUAUUUUUGCAGUGCAUAGUUUACAGGCAAAUAUGUAAAAACAUUUCACAGGAUGACUUAGAACAAUACAUGAAUGCUGCAGCAGUAUGAAAUAUCAGGAGUGAACUGCAAUGAUUUUUGUUUUUUUGAAGAGACAAGAUGAGUAUUAUAGCAAAUGACAGUAACACAGGUCUAACAUUAUAAACAAGAAGGCAAAGUUCAUUUCCCAAAAAGACCGUGGCAAGAGGUAAGGACCACUGGGUACAUUAGCUAGAGCAUUGCAGGUAGGAUAGGAGAGUUCAAGAUUAGGAGAGAACAGUAUCCAUAGGAAACCAUAGGUACAAUAUCAGCAGUGAGACUGGUAAUCUGCAGGUUAAGCUGAAGUGUCAUCUAACUGAUGCCCAAGGGUGGGACGUUCCAGCAUUUCCCGCUGACAGGAUCCCCUCUGAGGCCUCCGCUCAGACAAGCUCCCAGACAGUCCAGAGAAAUCCAUUCUAUGGAAGCAGCAUGUUCACCCACCGGAACUCGCAGCUACAGUCUCCCGUACACCAGGUAAGUCGGGUAGGGAUUACCAGGGACAGGUGGAUCACAGCGAAUGCGGAAAGAUUCACGUCGCCGCCGUCGGGUCAUGUUGUAGUGAGUAUGCGGCUUGGAGCAUUGGCGGGCAGUUGUUUGUCACCGCGGCUUUCUGCACCCGCGCCUCCAGGGAACCUCUUUGGAUACCCUUCGGGGGAAGCCGAUGUCUGUGAUACCACAGAAUGACUCGGAGGGGGGGCCUCGACCAUGGAUUUCAAGUGCAGGGGUAAGUCCUCUGCAUGCGAGCUUUGCCCAGAAGGCUUCACAGACUCGAUCAAAGGACGGAAGUAGUGGAUCCUCGUGUGUGGUUGAAUCUGGGAAGGUCACACCUCAGCAGGCUCAGGCAGGGAGGUCAUUUUAAUUCCUAGGCCCUUGGCAAUAUAAUCACCGUGAGGCCCCGCCCCCCAAACUAUUAGCUUUUACUACAAUAAAACACACAUAUUUGUAUGCUGUGAUGUCCCACGAGUACAAUGAUGCCCCCAUGCACAGGUUUCAUGGUGUUUUGUAAAGUUACAGGGUCAAACAAAGAGCUUGCCCAUUGCAGUUAAUACACAUUGAAAUUUCCCAGAAUGGUUUGCUAGGCCUAUAUUGCCUUUGAGACCGUAUGGCUGCUUUGGAAUGAAAAUUAACCUCAUCAUGGAAUGCUAUUGCAAAAAUAGAUAAACCAGAGUAUUUAAAAUGAUGUAUGUCCACACUUUUUAGUAGCCACUUAGACACAAUACCUUGCCAAAGUUAUCAAUCAUAUUUGAUUUUUGCAUUUUUUUAAAUGCCCUUUCACAGAUGAUAUCAUUGUUAUCAUAAUUGUACUGUUUUAAAAAACUCAUAUUUGUGUUCAGCAAUGUCUCACAACUACAAUGGUACCCCUCGUGUAUAGGUUGUAUGGUGUUAUGGAAGUUACAGGGUCAAGUAUAGGGCUUGCAAUUUAAAUUAUCUGGACUUUCUGCCUGGGUUGUCAAUCAGGUCCCUCAAUAUAUAAUUAAUAAAAUCACAAAACGAUGGAAUAAAAAUAAAGAAAUUUACAUGUAGAUUUAAAUUAUAUACACACAUACACACAUAUAUAUAUAUAUAUAUAUAUAUAUACACACACACACACAGUAUCUCACAAAAGUGAGUACAUCCCUCACAUUUUUGUAAAUAUUUUAUUAUAUCUCUUCAUGUGACAACACUGAAGAAAUGACACUCUGCUACACUGGAAAGUAGUAAGUGUACAACCUGUAUAACAGUGUAAAUUUGCUGUCCCCUCAAAAUAACUCAACACACAGCUAUUGUCUAAACCGUUGGCAACAAAAGUGAGUACACCCCUAAGUGGAAAUGUCCAAAUUGGGCCCAAAGUGUCAAUAUUUUGUGUGGCCACCAGUAUUUUCCAGCACUGCCUUAACCCUCAUGGGCAUGGAGUUCACCGGAGCUUCACAGGUUGCCACUAGAGUCCUCUUGCACUCCUCCAUGACGACAUCACGGAGCUGGUGAAUGUUAGAGACCUUGCGUUUCCCCACCUUCCAUUUGAGGAUGCCCCACAGAUGCCCAAUAUGGUUUAGGUCUGGAGAUAUGCUUGGCCAGUCUAUCACCUUUACCUUCAGCUUUUUUAGCAAGGCAGUGGUCAUCUUGGAGGCGUGUUUGGGGUCGUUAUCAUGUUGGAAUACUGCCCUGCGGCCCAGUCUCCGAAGGGAGGGGAUCAUGCUCUGCUUCAGUAUGUCACUGUACAUUGUGGCAUUCAUGGUUCCCUCAAUGAACUGUAGCGCCCCAGUGCGGGCAGCACACAUGCAGGCUGAGACCAUGACACUCCCACCACACACUUGUCUUUGUACUCCUCACCUGGUUGCCGCCACACACGCUUGACACCAUCUGUCUAAAUAAGUUUAUCUUGGUCUCAUCGGACCACAGGACAUGGUUCCAGUAAUCCAUGUCCUUAGUCUACUUGUCUUCAGCAAACUGUUUGCGGGCUUUCUUGUGAAUCAUCUUUAGAAGAGUCUUCCAUCUGGGUUGACAGCCAUGCAGACCAAUUUGAUGCAGUGUGCGGCGUAUGGUCUGAGCACUGACAGGCUGACCCCCCACCCCUUCAACCUCUGUAGCAAUUCCCACUUCAAUGAAGAACACUGGCAGCAAUGUUCUACUUUACAUGUUUCUUAUCAACGGCCUGCUGUGUUAAACAUAGCUUUUGGGCCAAAACAUGAAACCUAAUCAAGUAAGGUGUCUAUCUCGUAGUAUGUAUGUAUCAAUUUGUCUCUGUUUAAAGGAACACUAUAGGGUCAGGAACACACACAUGUAUUCCUGAGCCUAUAGUGUUAAAUCCACAACCGGCCCCCCUUGCCCUCCUAAAUAUAGUAAAAUAUUAACAUUAUUCUAGUCUGCUGGUGCUGGCUCUGACCCUGAUCUGCCUGCUUGGCUGACAUCAUAAAAAGUCAUAUCCUGAGCCAUUCACAACGCUUUCCCAUAGGAAAGUAUUGGAUUGGCUGAGCUUAUCAAGGAGGCAGAUGAGGGGCAGAGCCCGCACAAGUCAAACACAGUCCUGGCCAAUAAGCAUCUCAUUGUAGCGAUACAUUGAAUCAAUGCAUCUCUUUGAGGAAAGUUCUGUGUCUGGAUGCAGAGGGUGGAGACACUGAAUGGCAGUGCUGCUCACUGUGCAGCACUGCCCCAGGAAGCACCUCUAGUACCCAUCUGAGGAGUGGCCAGGGGAGUUAUCACUAGGCUGUAAUCUAAACACUACAUCUCUGAAAAAAAACCCAGUUUUUACAGCAAAAAGCCUGAAGGAAAUUAUUAUACUCACCAAAACAAAUACAAUGAGCUGUGGCUGUUUGGGUGUCCAUAGUGUCCCUUUAAGUUUAGUUUGUAAUAACCCCAGAAGUUUUAGAUGAAGCUCUAUGUAAAUUGUAGGUUCUGUACAGAAAAUUGUUAACCUAGACAGCAAACACAUUACAAUCCCGUAUGUGUUCCUGAUCUGUUAUCAAUAUUUUAUUAAAACUCUAAAGAAGAUUUAACUGGGAAGUAAAACGUAGUAGAGAAUUGACUUGUUUUUCCCAAAAAAUUUAAUUCUCGAUCUUUAUAAUAAUUAUUAAGAUUUGCCCACACAUUAAUAGUGAAAUAAAAUGAAUAAUUAACUAAUUCCGCUUAUUUGCAGUAUAUCAUAUACACAAUAUGUAUAGUUUAAGUAGGAUUAAAUAAUUAAUUCCAUAAUUUUAGUAACUGCAGUAUUUCUUUCACGAUGUAAUGCCAGUGAGAUAGCUCAGUAGAUAGAGAGAGAUUUGAUUCAAUAUUUCACUACCAAGUAUUUAAAAAAAUAUAUACUCUGGUAUUGGGGCAUCUUGAAAAAAAAAAAAAAAAUAUAUAUAUAUAUAUAUAUAAACAGUAGCAUAACACAGGGCAACAGGGCAAAAAACUAAAAUAUAAAGCAUGCAUAUGUGGUUACUAAUGGCAGGCAUAUGUAUUAUACAAAGAAUUGUUGUUGCUCAACCAAGUUAUGGUUAGAAGAAUCCAAUCUGAUGCAUUUUUUUUCUAUAUACUAUUGGAUGGGGCUGCCUCAUAAGUUACACAGCAGACCUGACAUGACAUAUAUUAUGUGGUAGUGGAAUCACACUCAGAGUUGUGCGUGUCUGCCCGCCAGCCCCCCUUCUCACUUACAGUGCUUAUGAGUGAAAGAGAGGUUUGGAGCUUAGGUCAUUUCCUUCCCCUUUCCCCAAGUGACCAUAGUGCCUCCUUAAUCUAAAAAAAACUAUUAACCCAUUGCUCAGUGAGAAGUUAUACAUUGAACAACUAGGCUCCAAGUUUCCACUUCUUUGAAUAAAAGGGAUAUUUGGAAUAGAAUAAAAUAAUAAUAAUUUAAAAAAGAAAAACAUUGUCACUGUAUCAUAAAGCAAAUCAGGAGUUGCAAAGGGUUGCAGUGAUCAUAAGUGACAAAGAGGCUUCAAGUUAGUGCAGACACUGCCCCCUUAGUGUCCCAGUGCCCAUUUAUAUUUAGCGUUUUGAUAUCGAGCUAUUCAGUGGCUAUGUAGGACCCCAUAUCUCCCUCUCUUUCACUGCAAACGGAAAUGAGAAAGAGGUUUAGAGGUGAAGCUAGUCCUUGUCUCAGUUAGUGAUGGAGCACCAGGUUUGUCAACCAUGAGUGACAGAGAGGUUUUUGGGAAAAUUAUUGUCCCUCUCCUCAUCAUUCAGGACAAAAAUUAACUCCAUCUAAAUAUACAAACAUUAAGGGUAUGUUGGGAAAAAAUUAUUAUAACAAUUUAAACUGGUGGACUGUUCAAAUGUCCUAAUAUUAGAUAUAGGUCAAGUGUCCAAAUUCUAACUUGUUGUGCUUGCUAAGUUAUAUUAAUGUUAUGGUGUUUAUAUAUAGUUUAAUUGCUCUAACUGAAGAACAAGGAAUCAUUUUUAGAACUUUGGUGACUUUAUUUGCAAACAUCAUCAACUCAGGGGAGGUGUAUGUUCUGUUCAUACGCAAAACUGAAUAUGACGUUUACAAGGUAUUAGUUAAAAUAUGUUUUCUGUGAUUUUUUUUAUAUGAUAGAUUGUUAUUGACCCCAAUUACUGUCAAAACUGUGAAAAAAGAAUGGGCUUAAAAAAAAUCCCUAUGUAAAAUUUUUCCAAGCUAGAUGAGGAAUUACAUUUUUAUAUAGGGUAAAAAAAAGUUUUGUGUGUCUUUGGAACACGAAAUGAUCAGGAUGGAAAUUAAUGCUGAACAAAACUGCGCAAAUGUACAAAAUGUUCAAUUGCUUAAUGUACAAAAUAGCCGUUUGGCAAAGGGGGUUAAUAAUAGUUUUACUAUGUUGUAAAAUAUAGAUUUACUUCAAAUGCCCUAAAAGCAAUUACUGUCACUUGAAUGACCUCACUCUGCAAAAGCAACGUGGUUGAGCGUGCCAGUCCUCAUUUGGUGCCUUUGAUAAUUAAUAUUAAAAAGUUGUAAUUAUGCAGAGUGCCAAGAAUGGCUGGAAUAAGCAUUGCAACAUUGUUUUAAUCCAAUUAAAAAUGAUUUUUUUUGGUUUAAGAUUAUUUUGGCGUCAACAAGUUACUCUAGUCACAUGUGCCCACUUUCUAUAUACUUUCACAAGACAGACCGGUUUUUCCAGUUAAAUGAGCAGCUAGCAAACAAAAAACACCUGCAGGUUUAUUUACAAAGCAGUAAAUCGUUGCAACUUGAAAAAUGAAUAGCAAAUUUCAGGCUAAAAUUGUUGUGGCUAUAUUUGCAUUGUAUUUUUUUCCCCCCCAAAUCAUCUGUUUCGGCCUAAAUUAUGCAAUUCCAUUUCAACUUAAUACAACCCACUGUUAAUGAAUGAUGCCUUUGGAUUAUUCACUUAACGGAAAUUUGUGGAAAAAAUAAAUAUUCACAAAUCUGUGGAUUGUCGAGAAUUCAUUUCAGGCCAAAGUAGCUGAAUAGGAGAAAUUAUCCAAGCCAGCUAUGCCUCACUUCUCCUGUUUUGGUCGUAGCCUUGCAAUUCCUGACAGUUCAUAGUUUAGUGAAUUACUCGGAGGAUAAUUAAUUUCCGGCAACCUCCAUUUGCCUCAUGAUGUCAUAGCAGAGCAUACUGAAAGCCAGCAUGAUACAUUUCAGUCAGGUGUAUAAACUACUUAACAUAUCUGCAGCUUAUUUAUUAUUACAGAUAUAUCCGGGGCCAACACAAACCAUUGUCUGGAAAUCUAUUCACAAACAGGACUAUACAUAGGACACAAAAUCAUACAUUUAGACUGGAAGAAAGGAGAUUUAGUCUAAGGCAAAGUAAUUUUUUUUUUUUUUUUACUAUAAGAACAAUAUGGAUAUGUAAUUCUCUGCCUGGAGAAGUGGUUUUAUCAGAUGCUUAAACAGCAACUAAAUGCAUACUUACAAAAACAGAAUAUUCAAGGAUAUAAUUUUUCAUUUGUAGGGUAAUAGCUUCUUCAUUUCAAGGAUAAAUCUGACUGCCAUUCUGGGGUCAAGAAGGAACUUUUUCCUAGUUUGUUGCAAAAUUGUAAGUGCUUCAAACUGGGUUUUUUGCCUUCUUUUGGAUCAACAGCAUAAACAACAUGUGAGAAAGUCUGAACUUUUUAUUCAGUGAAUUCAGUGACCUGGAUACUGGAGAGGUUUUUCUCAGACAUUGAUGUAAUUUUUUUAGUGGCAGUUUUGCUGUUCCAUAAUCACAUUUUAUGUGAUACAAUUUCACAUCUAACCUUCACAUUGUCUGUAUAUCUGUCUAAACAACAACCAAGAUUAUUACAAAUUUCCUCUAAACAAACUGUUAAGUAUAGAUGUAAUAACCGUUGUACGUGGCCAUUUUGACAUUGCUGUUCUGUUCAAAGCAUGUUAAACAGGCAGCUGCAUGUUAAUUGUGCUAUUCGUUGGUGUAUAGACCAGAGAUAUGCAACCUUUGGCACUCGAGAUGUUAUAGACUACACCUCCCUAAAUGCUCUAACAGCCAUUAUGCUGCAAAGCAUCAUCUGGAGUGCGGAAGGUUGCAUAUCUUUUGUAUGAUAGACAAUUUCUGACGACAUUGUUACUUUCAUAAUUCUUGCUUUUGAAAGAUAUAUUCAAGCCUCUUCAUUAAAGUGUAUAGCAAAAUUAAAAAAAUUAAAAUAGACAUAUUGUGAAACACAGUCAGCUGUGUUUCACAAUAUGUCUAUUUUAAUGCUAUGCUCAAUGUUACUUCUGCUUUGUCAUGUGCAGACCAGCCAAUAGGAUAUGAAUUUGCUUUACAAACAGGCAGUUAACUGAACUGAAAAAAAAAAAAAAAAAAAGAGUUCAAUUUUGUUUCUCAUUAUUUAAGCCGAGCCAAGACGUGUUGAGAUUACUUUGGUGCUGCAGUUGAGUGAGAUCUAGGUAAGAUAUGGUUCUAGAACCGCAGAAUGAGGCAAAAAAACAAAGGUUUAGGGGAGAGAUAGAGUUAUCCAAAGGAACUGACUCCCCCGAAACCAGAAAAAUCAUUUGUGUCACCAGCGUCCUAUUCUGCAAGAAUUAAAUAUAACAUCAGUUUAAAUCUCUUGGACACAUAAUGUCAUUGGCUAAAUUCAUAUUUUUCACAACCAAUGGACACUGUCCUCAGAAUUUAAUAUGGUCAGUGUCACUGUGAAAGAAGAAAUUCCUAAUGUUGUUUCCUUUUAAAUUAUGCAAUAUUAAUGUUCUCGUAUUUAUUUGUACAGUGCAAGAUACCUCCCUUUACCAGUUGUAUGGCUGCCAGAUGACUGAUGAGAUGAUAAAGCAAGGUUUUCUGGGUAUGUCCUAAGGCAAGUUCGUGAAUGAAAGAAAAAUUCCAUGGAGCAGAAGGUUAAUUCUUCUUGCAUACAAAUUUUUCUGUUUACACAAACACACUAUGUGCGCGCACGCAUGCGCACACACACACACACACAAAAAAUACAAUAAAGUGUGCAUCUGGAAUAAAGUAUAAAAUAAACUAUACUCAUAAAAUAUAACACAUAUACAGAUAUAACCAGAAGUUUUUUUUAUUUUAUUAAAACCAUAGCAAGCUAACACAAACUCACACUAAAAUGCCCGUAGUUUAAGGAACUAUCCACUGCCAAAAUAAAAAUCAAUCAUUGUUUAGUAGAUAUUCCCUCAUUGAAAACACAUAUGCAUUUAAUUAGGCAUUUGUCAUUAGGAGUAUAUCUGAAACAGCUUUUCUGUAGUCUUUAGUCCCCUUCUAACCCAGCCAGAUUUUCUGUGUCUGUCCAAUCACAGACUUCCCAGCGCAGCUUAAUGAGAAGUCUUUAAAAGACAUGUGUGCUGAGCAAUUCCUUGCCUCUUGAGUUUAGCUCCACCGAGCUAAUCAAACCAGGAAGUAACAGGACCAGUUGUCUGAUUGACAGCCAGGGGGGUUGUAACAAGGUCAAUUUAUAAAAGUGCCAGUUUCCAUUAAAAUCUGCACAUUUCCUAAAAUAAAAAAUAAAAAAGUCACUCUCUUCACACAAAAAGCACAUCAACAAGCUAAACUGCUUUAGGUGUGUGGCGUGUACCUUUAAUUAUUACCUUUAAAAUUCAAGCCACAUUAUCUUUUGGGAUAUUCCACUGAAGUAAAUCUCAUAUCAGUCUACAAUGUGUGCACGAAAUGACCCCACCCCUUCUCCUGAAUGAACAGUCAUACGAAAGUAACUUCUGAGUGACUACGUGUUACUAUAUCCUAACUGGUUUUACAGUAUUCUGCUGGUUUAACUAGCAAUAAUGUAAAUUAUUUCAGAAUCAAACAUUAGUUAAUACAUACUGUAAAAUGUCAAGUGGCAAUUACUCCCUUCCUGACAGCAUUGAAUUGGCUCGUUUUACAGCUACCUGCUUUGGUCCAUGGUUUUAGGAAUUCAAACAGCUGGUGCAGUGAUGUAAUGUGACCAUCUGUACUGUAAACUGCAUGUGAAAAAAAACAUCAUUUUUUUUCUUGCUGAAUAAAACAAAGCUGCUUCAGCCUCAGGGUGGCUGUAUUUUGUAGAUCUUACUUAUAAUAUUUUUGCACCCAUCACCCCUCCAUUCCCCUCCCCCAACAAAAAUCUGAAGUAGAAAAAUAGAUAGAUAGCUACCAUACAGCAGUAAUUGCCUCAACCUACGUCCUGUAUAAAAUGGGUUAUUAUUGUUUUCCAUAUAAAACUAAAUUAGGGUAGGAAAAUAAACACUUAAUAUUCCCUUUUGCUGAUUCUCCACUUCCUAACAAAGCUGCCCUAUUCAGAAACAACAAGAUAAAUAAGAGAUACUUUAUGUGACAUCAUCCUAUCUCCUGCAUCUGCACUGUAAAAGACCUACGUAGGCUCACUGUGCAGUGCUUGCACACAUGGUACAGGCAUCUGUAUUUAUGUAUAUAUGUAUUAUAGCCAUCUACAUCCCCAGUUUGUGAGAGAUUGUGAGACAUGGGUUGCCAUAUAAUUACUAAUAAAUUACAUCUUCACAAUAUUUUUGCAAGGGAAUAACAAACAGAAAAAAUAUUGAAUGUUCUGUAUUUUUUUAAUUGCAAAAAACAUAAAAUAAUUUUAAAAGAAAAUAAUUGUGGUUGUGUUUGUUUUGUUUAGAUAUUCAGCGCCUUUCUUUCUUUGGAAUUCCACGGAAUUUCCAAGUAAACUCCAAUUGGAAUCAACUUGUAUAUGCAGUUUAUGUGUAGUUUAGUUCCCUGAGUAAUUUUCGUUUAUGUUUGCCAUUAUUUUAGAUUUUUAAAUAAAAGUCCAUGUGUUUUGGAUUUUCUUUUUCUUUUUUUUUUUAACAUGAUUUUUAAGUGCAAAUGCACCAAACAACCUUUAUGCAUCCCGUUAAACCCAUAUUCCUAUUGAGAAGUUCCAAAAUUGUCAUAAGAGUGUCAAAUUAUGUCAGAAUCCAAAAGGAAAGAAAAAUGCAUUCGCUGGACUUACCGGCAAAUGGCACACAUUCUAUAUACUAUCUAUAAUCGGUGGAACCAAUAAUCGGUUUAUUCCUAAUUUACAUCACCUUUACCUAUAUUGCUAAUGUACUUACAUAGUCAUGCAUUUUUACACACAGUCACAUACAUAUGUAGACACACAAUUACCCAGUCACAUACACAAAUAUUUGCAGUCACAUACAGUCAGAAAUGUACAAAGAUACAGUCUGUCACACACAAACAUCAGUCACAUAUUUAGCCAUACACAGUCAGAAACAUACACACGCAGUCAUAUAAAUAUACAGUCACACACAUACACCUAUUUUUUUUUUAUUGAUUAAAACGUAUUCUCUUGCCCUUGCAGCUUAUCUGCAUGUCAGCACCUUGGGGAUGUAGAGGAGGACAUUUUAGGGCAGACCAUACACCUGCUGUCUGUAUCAGCCUUCCUCCAGGUCUAAUUUAGCAGGUGGUCCUCUGCCACACAAGGCCUAGUCAUUGUUGUCCUUGGCCAAAAUAUAUGCCCCUGCAGUGUUUUGUUUUUUUGAGUGGAGAAGCAGUAAAGAGCAAAUGCAGAAUAAAGAUGCAGAGUGUAGUGAAGUAGGAAGGAAUAUGUGGCUAUAAAUUAUAAACCAUGGCACAGUUUUGGGCACAAUAGGAUAAUAAAUGGGUUCUCUGACAAACAGUCCUCACAUUUUUCAACAGCACUGAACUAUGGGAGAUACUCUGACAAUCUGGGCUUUACUCAACGUUUGGUUUCUUUUUACGUAGGAUAAAAUUCAGUGGAUUUAAUCCCUUUUUUUCUUCUGGGAAAUCUGUGUCAUUCUUGUGACAAACCCGUGACAAAUUCACAGAAGAAUUCACAGUCACCGUUUUAAUGCAGAUUCUAUGACAUUGAAAAAUAGACUGUUGCCAAAUAUAGUGGAAAAAGUGCAGUCAACAUGACACACUUUUUACACAAUCCAUACCUUUUUGUGAUGACUCUAAACUAGGCUGUUAAGGUGUAAGCCAUGCAUCCUAUCUUUUAAAUAAUGGUUUAUAUGACAAAAUUAUUGCUUCGUUGACUUUAAAUUGAUAAAAACAUCACGUCUAAGUGAAUAGAAGCUCCUGUUUACUUAAACUUCUUUGUUCAUUUGUUUUUCAAACAAAGAGUAGACAUGAGCAGAGCCUGCGCAAAUAUUUUACCUCUUUAGGAAAAAAUCAACUUUACUGUCCUCUUAUCUCCCUUUAGAUUCUGUUUUUUUUUUCUCCUGACACUCUUUCUCAUCUUUCUAUCUUCCAAUCUUUUUCUGUGUAUCUUUGUCCUUGUGUUGUAGUUGUCUCUUUUUAAUAGCAUCCACCCUCGUUCCCCCCUUGAUUUCUGCCUCCCUUACAAUCCCUUACACUACAGUAGUUUUUACUAUUCUCUCUCCACCAGUUUCCUUUACCUACCUCUACUAUAUGAUAGUAUACUAUACUAUAUAGUAGUUGCAUGUUAGAGGCUGCAUGUAUAUGGGGGCUGGAUGUGUGUGAUGGCAUUGUGUAAUGGGAAUUGUGCAUGUUCUGUGAACACAUGCUAUCUUCCCACCAUUCCAUGGAGCUUCAGAUUGCCACCCAUUUAAGGUGGUUCACAAAUUCCUAAAUGGGACAACAUUAGCACUCACCCUGCCUAUGCGUGACUGUACUGCAGAUGCAGUUCCUAUGUCUUCACAAACUUAUGCUGUACCUAGAAAAUAUCCAACUCUUUAAUAGGAGUAUGAGAAUUGGAAUGUUCAGGCUAUAUUCUGUUUAAAAGUCAUGUCAUUAGCUUAAAGGAACACUAAAGUCACCAAAACAACUUUGGCUUAUUAAGGCAGUUUGGGUGUAUAGAUAAUUUCCCUGCAGUGUCACUGCUCAAUUCUCUGCCAUUUAGGAGUUAAAUAUCUUUAUUUAUGCACUCUAGUCACACCUCCCUGCAUGUGACUUGCACAGCCUUCAUAAACACUUCCUGUAAAGAGUCAGCUAAUGUUUAUACUUCCUUCAUUGCAAACUCUAUUUAAUUUAAAAUGUAUUAUCCCCUGCAUUGUUGAUAGCUUGCUAGACUCCACAGAAGCAUUCUGUGUAUGAUUAAAGUUCACUUUAGAGAUAAGGAAAUAAGAACCUUUAAAGUAAGUUACAUCUAAUUGAAAGUGAAACCAUUUUUUUCCAUGCAUGGUGUGUGAGUCACAGCCAGGGGAGGUGUGACUAGGGCUGCAUGGACAGAAACAAAAGGGAUUUAACUCCUAAAUUGCAGAGAUUUGAGCAGUGAGACUGCAGGAUUAUGAUCUAUAUACUAAAACUGCUUCCUUAAGCUUAAGUUGUUUUGGCAACUAUAGUGUCCCUUUAAGAUCUGAAACUCAAGGUUUUGCUACCAAAUUUGUUUUUAAAGCACUAUUUCUAAAAUGCAUAAAAAUUGGGCAUUAUUCCACAGUGGAGUGUUAUGCACAUCCAUAGCUCUGUGACCUAAACAUCUGUCUACACUACCACAUGGGUAAUUUGGCAAUGAGUCUUAAACUCUUGUGGGAAAACAGAUUACAAUAUGUAUUAUAUAUUAACAUGUUUGCUUUUUUUCUUGCAGUUACUGUAGAAAAUAAUUCCAAAAACAGACAAAAAGAAAUGUAAAAUACAAAUUAUUUGUUGGAAGGAAUUCUUCACUCAUCUAUUUAUAUAGCAGAAACAAAUAAGCAAAGCUCCAAAGUCAUAUAUUCCCAAUUUUACCAAUUUAUAAUUUUUUUAAGUUGAGAUGAUAAACAAGCAUACUUCUUUUUUUUAAUUUCCAAGGAAAUAAAUGGUCAAAUGUGUAGAAAAAAAAGAAUGCAUCUAUUCUUGCAGGCAUUCACAAACAGCAAAUUUUAAUAUUUUAUAAAAUCUGUGGGAUACAAAAUAUUGUUGCAAUACGAUGACAUAUCUGGGCAAAGCCAAUAGCUGGUUGUCUUUCACAGACCUUGGUUUGCAUGCAGAAGUGGCAGUGCACUGUACGUAGUCUCACUGGCGUGUUUGAUAAUACCAUCAUUCAGAAAGAGCAAUGAUAGGGCUGUUUGCAAUCAAUGCGAGAGCAGUUCACGAUCAAUGAGAUUAUCAAACGAGAAACAUUUCUCUCAUGUUUUGCAGAAGGGAGCACCUUGUUAUUCUGAUGUAUCCAUACACUCCAAGAAACAUUGUCACGCAUUUUUAUUUAUUUAUUUAUUUAUUUUUAACAAAAAAACCCCCAGCAUUUACAUCUUUAUCAUUGAGAUAAACAACAGGUAUCCUUACCCUUAAAAACAAAGAUUGGGGGAACAUUUGAGAAGCAAAAUAGACUUUGUUGAUCAAGCAAGCACAUCCAAAGGAUUUGCAACUUGCACUACCCUAUUUUGAAUCAAUUUGGAUUUUAUUUUGUUUAUAACAAGUAUAAUGAUUGAAAGUAGUUUUGUUAUUUAAAGGGUAAUGCAUAUCAAAUAUUUUACAUAUAUAAUAUAGAAUUAAUUACCAUAUGUAUAGUGCAGGGGUAGGCAACCUACGGCACUCGAGGUGUCUUUGCACGGCACUUAACGCUGCUAGAGCCAAACAGGCUCUGGCCUAUCAUGAGUCCCAGUAAAACUUCAAAUAGUUGCUAAUACGAAAAGAUGGUGAAGGACAAUCCUCAAUUCAAGCAUUGCAGCACAUAGAGGAAAUGAUCUCAGAUCACUUUCUCCAAGCACUUGUGAAUGGGAAUCCACAACGUAGUAGAGCAGCCUGCGGCUUCUGUUGCAGCUCCUGUAUUUGACCUGUACCAGGCCAGCCUGGUCCCCACUGGAACCCAGGGAAGCCAACCAUACUGCUAGAUAUACACAGAUAUUGUGGAUCAAACCAAGUGUUUAUCUGAGUAUCUGCUCCUUUCCAAAUUGUUAAAAUAAAUGUGUGCAUGCUCUGAAGUAAAUUAUACUGAGACACAGGUAUCAGGUUAAUGAAAAACUUCGGAAUGUUUACUCAGGGGGCGGCAAGCCCCUUAUAAAGGCAGAAAUACAUCAUAUGCAAAAAUGUAGAUAACAGAGACAAUACAUCUUUAAUUGGUUAGGUGUUAAGUGUCUUAUCUAAUGCACAUCCUACGAGGUGUGAUGUCACCAUCAUCCCGGGGAUUUUACUCCGGAUGUAGGCGCCACCUUGUUACAGAAGGUAGUUAGUUGGUGGGAGGGGGUGCUCUAGCAGCCAUUUUGAGUAGAUAUUGAAUACAGGUAUACACAGUAAAUAGACAUUUUACUAUCACUAAUUUACAUUCAUAACACAGAAAUGAAGAAUAACCCUCCCCUUAUACAAAUAAUACGAACAGCCCACACACAAACAUACACACAAUCUGCACAAACGUAACCUGCUAACAAUCCACAUACACUCACACAACCCCUCAUGCAGCCUCUCACAUGCAAUACCCCAAACAGCCCACACACACACUACCAAACACACAAUGUGACAUGUCCAUCCACACACAAUUCAUAUGUAUCAUACACAAUACCAUAAACUACUAAUGAACAUAUACAAUACAAUCGCUUAUAUACACACAAAUACAACGAUACAAAGCAACUGCAGUAAAAAUAACAAGCAGAAUAUGGCGGCAUACACACCUCAAUUUAAAAAAAAUAGGACCGGCACGCUAGGGGACAUCACAAUCCUAUAUCGGCACAGUGCUGCUAAAAGGUUGCCUACCCCUGGUUGCCAUUUUUUCCCCAUUUGUGACAUUAUUAAUUUUGGAAGCAUGUUAACAAAUAAGCUGAAAAUAAAUCUGCAGGUGGCAGCCAUUUUGAGUUCCAUCUGUUUUCAAGUGUAUUAUAUUAAUUGCAAUUACUUUUCUUAAAGGAGAAAUAUAGAAUUUAAUGUUUCUUUUGUUAUACCUUUGCUAGUAAACGGCUCUGUAAACAUCAUGAUCGUUUAUGUCUGUUCUAUCCCUGUUUAUACAACAAUUUGCAAGCAUUGUUAUCACAAAAGAGAUUUAAGGAUUUGCUGCUCACUUGAGAAAAUAUCAAUCAAGCCAUUUCAGUAAACAUCUGUUUGGCUUUCAAAAUGGAAACUGCUAAACAGUAACCAAAUAUAUGGAAGGAGAUGCUGCAUAGUUAGUAUAUUCAUAAGGACUAAUUCGGGUUCUGACAAUUAGAAUUGGUUGUUAUUUAGGAGUUUAUUCACUUUAGUGGGAAUGUAGUUAAUUCUAAACAGAUCUGACAAAUUUACACUAAUAUAAAAAUAGAUCAGCUGAAAAAAAUAACGAAUUUGGAGAAUAUAUUCAAUUCAGCUAUUUUGGCCUACAAUCUGGUCACAGUUUGGUUUUCAAUUUGUGGAAAUUCACUGCUUACUAAAUAUAACAUGGGGGUUAUUCCCUAAACAGUGAUUUCUAGUGAACUGACGAUGGAAUGGCAAGUUUAACCCCAAAAUAGCCAAGACGGAAAAUUAACUUAAUUGAAGUAUAUAUCCCAACAUUUUCAAUUCGCUGCCAUUUACUCUUAGACCCUGUUUAGACCCUAAAAUAUUUGCUUAAAUACUUCAGGGGAUGUGAAAUAAAAUGCAUACUUAUUAUUAUUGCCAUUUAUAUAGCGCCAACAGAUUCCGUAGCGCUUUACAAUAUUAUGAGAGGGGGGAAUGUAACUAUAAAUAGGACAAUUACAAGAAAACUUACAGGAACAACAGGUUAAAGAGAACCCUGCUCAAAUGAGCUUACAGUCUAUAGGAGGUACUUAGUCUUUUGCCAUCAUUUUGAUGCCAUUUCUUUAUUUUGGGAGGGGGGGCGACACACUUUUUUUUGUCCCAAUUUUAGGUAAAGUCAUCAGGAAAAUUAUCAAUAAGUGUUACUGAAAUUUGAUUUGGCAUCACCAUAAAUAGAAGCUCUCUACUUAAACCUCUUUGUUCAUUUCUUUUUCAAACAAAGAGUAGACAUGAGCAGAGCCUGCGCAAAUAUUUUACCACUUAAAAAUCCACUUUUCUGUCCUCUUAUCUCCCUUUAGAUUCUAUCUUUGCUAUUUUGAGAAACAUGUUAGAAUAUAACCCAUAUAUACACAUUAAAAGUUUUCCAUGACAUUGAGCAAGCCUUAAAAGGGACACUGUAGGCUACCAGACAACUUCAUCUCAAAGAAGUGGUCUGGAUGCACUGUCCCUGUCCCCUUAACCCUGCAAUGUAAAACAGUGCCGUUUAAGAGAAACUGCAAUGUUUAUAUUGCAAUGUUAAGGCUGCCUAUGGUGACUGUCUAACAGACAGCCACUAGAGGCGCUUCCUCCAGCUCCACAGAGUUUGACUCCAUCAAACAACAUUGGACAUCCUCACGCUUUGCAGGAGGAGGGAGGGGGAGGCAGAGGCAGAGGAACACUUUAACGUUAGUUAUACAGUUUUUUAUUCUUAACACCUAAGUGUUCCUUUAAGACUUAAGUAUUAAUAGGGAUUUGAUACUCACUGCUACAUUAUAUAAUUAUUUGUGUAUUUGUUUAUUGUCUUCCAGCAACUAAGAGACUCGUUCAAAGCCUGAAUGAAUAAAAUCUAUUAUACUGUAUUGGAAUACUGUUGUAAAAAUGUAUUUUGUUAUGAUGUAAUAAUGUGAGACACUACCUCUGUUUGUAACAAAUGUUAUGUGCGGGUUUGAAUAACAAAAUAAAUUCUGAGAUUGAGCGUUAUAUUAUUGUCUUAUCUAUAUGUGUUUAUUACAGACAUAUUUUAAAAUGUUGACUUGUGAAAAUUUUUAUAAAAAAAGAGCAUAAGUGCAGUAAUGUGAGAUUUGUAAAUUCAGAAAUUCACGAACACUUAUUAAAAAAAUAUUUUGUAUAUCUCCUUUUAACAGGGAACUGUCAUUACAGGAUUUUUAAUAUUAUGUUUACACAUUCCCAAUAUUUAACAAACAUGUAUUGGUUAGAUGUGAAAAACUAAAAUGUAGAAAGCCACACCUCCUCAUUUCUCACGUGUGCCUUGGCCGUACCUAAGCUGAAACGGAUGCUAAAGCUUUAAAGAGACAUUUCACUGCACAAAUACAAAAUAAAUAAAAAUCACUGUUUAUUAAAUAUACCACCAACGAAAAAUGUAUGUACUUAAUUAUGCAUGUUUUCAUUGGGGUAUACCUAAAAACAGGUUGCAAAACCUACAGAUCUCUUGUCUGCUGCCUUUGCAAACCCUCCCCUUCUAACCCCGCCCAGAUUUUCUGUGGCUGUCCAACCACAGACUUCCCAAUACAGCUCAAUGAGAAGUCCUUGCAAGGCAGCCAGGUGCUCUGGGCAAUUGCCACCUCUUAAAUUUAACCUGAGCUAACCAGACCAGGAAGUAACAGGACCUGUUGUCUGCUUAAAAGCCAGGGAGGUGUUACCAAGUUAAUUUAUAAAAGUGUUAAUUUCUGCUAUAUUUUGAUAUAUAUAUUGGUAAGGAUUAAGCGGACUGUUCCGCUGAUUUUAAUGUAUAUUGGCAUACUGGGAGUAGAUGGAAACGAAAGCUCAGGGCAGGGGUGUUGCAAAGUGGCAAAAAGACCAGGGACCUCAUCCCACAAGUAAAUGUUAUGGUUCAACUGCAUAUAUUGACUUAAAGGAUAACUAUAGUGUCAGGAAAACAAAUCGGUUUUCCUGACACUAUAGUACCCUGAGGGUGCCCCCACCCAGAGUGCUGAAGGGCUUAAAACCCCUUCAGUUACUCACCGCCAAGCUCCCUUACCUCUCCUCCCCCGCUGACGUCAGCGGAGCGGAAUGCACAUGCGCAGCAGUGCCAUGCGCACAUUAAAAGUGUCCAUAGGAAAGUAUUUUUCAAUGCUUUCCUAUGGACGCUCUGCAUGAUGGAGGCAUAAUAUGCCUCCAUCAUUGCAGAUUCGCCUCUAGUGGCUGUCCAAAAGACAGCCACUAGAGGCUGGCUUAACCCCAAAUGUAAACAUAGCAGUUUCUCUGAAACCUAGAGUGACCUGGCACCCAGACCACUUCAUUGAGCUAAAGUGGUCAGGGUGACUAUAGUGUCCCUUUAAGCCCCUCCUAAAACUAGCCCUAUACUAUGCACUAUGUCCAACUCUAAACCAUAAUACCUUUUAUAAAAGUCACAUUGUGACAAAAUUCUGAAUAUUACAUUAACCUAGAAAAUUAAGCCAUGUGCUCGAACUCCUACUACUCCUGGGCGGCAGCAAUGACUAUAGUACAUAUCAGCUCCAAUACACAGGACAAAAACCCCUAGAAAGGUAAGUUCACACUAUCCCAAAUCCCUUUGCACAUUUAAAUUGGAGGUUUUUAGUGUCACCCCAAUGGUCACUCAAGUGUAAGCUCACCUGCCACAUUAAGGCAAAACCUCUUAGGUAAGUCCUAAACUAACAAUUAAUCUUUAAAGGGACACUAUAGUCAUAAACCAAACUUUAGCUUAAUGAAGCAGUUUAGUGUAUAGAAUUAGAUCAUGCCUCUGAAGUUUCACUGCUCAAUUCUCUGACAUUCAGGAGUUAAAUUAAUUUUGUUUAUGUCCAUGCAGCCCUAACCACACCUCCCCUGGCUGUGCCCUGACAAGGCCUGCAUGAAAAAAAAAUAGUUUCAUUUUCAAUCACAUGUUAACUUACUUUAAAAGUUUUUAUCUCCUGCUCUGCAAAUUUAACUUUAUUUGAAUACAGAAGGCUCCUGCUGGGUCUUGCAAGCCAUUAGGAACACAUUGGGAGGCUAUUGUGCAAGCACUGCAAAAUGGCACGCUGCACCAAUCAACAUCUCCUCAUUGAAUCAAUGCAUUUCUAUGUGGAGUGUUAAGCGCUUCCAUGCAGAGCGUGAGAUAGAAAGCACCCAUAGUGCCUCUAGAGGUGUUCCUAGGCAGCAAUGUUAACACUGCCUUUUCUCUGAAAAGGCUGUGUUUACAUUGAAAAGCCUGCAGGGACAGGCUAUAGACAUGGGAACCACUACAUUAAGCUUUAGUGGUUCUAGUCACUAUAUUGUCCUUUUAACCCCUUGAGGACCAAACUUCUGGAAUAAAAGGGAAUCAUGACAUGUCACACGUCAUGUGUCCUUAAGGGGUUAAAUGACACUCCACUGCCCAAAUACAAAAUACAUAAAAAUCACUGUUUAGUACAUAUGCCUCAAAUAAAACCAUGCAUGCAUUUAAUUGUGCAUUUUUCAUUGGAGUUAUAGCUAAAAAAAAACAGCUUUCAAAAACUGCAGAUCUCUUGCCUGCUGCCUUUACAAGCCAUCCUCUUCUAACCCUGCCCAAACUUUAUGAGGCUGUCCAAUCAAAGACUUCCCAAUGCAGCUUAAUGAGAAGUCUUUGCAAGGCAGGUGCUCUUGGUAAUUGCUGCCUCUUGAGCUCAGUGCAAAUAAGCUAAUCAAACCAGGAAGUAACAGGACCUGUUGUCUGCUUGAAAAGCCAAAGGGGAGUAAACAGUAUAAUUUAUAAAAGUGUAAAUUUCCAAUGAAAUCUGAACUUUUUGCAAAAUGAAAAACAAUAGGACACACUCUUCAGACAUACAGCAUUUUGGCAAGUUAAAGUGCUUUCGUGGUCUGGAGUGUCCCUUUAAAUUGAAAGGCAACAUUUCUAAUGAGACAUUGAGGGGUAUUUUUCUAAAUCCCCAACACACUUAAUAAUUCUUAAUAGGGACCAUAUGAGAUGAGUGACAGCACUGUAACAUGGCUGUGUAAUACAAAAGCAAAUACAAACAUACAAAAUUAAGCCCUGCGCUCAAACUCCCACUACUCCUGGGCAGCAGGUAUGAGUAUAGUUCACAUCAACCCCAAUAUAUACAAUAAAAUCCAAGGAGAAAAAGAGUUACUUGCGCACUAUCCCAAAUCACUAUGCACAGUUAAAUAAAUGGCUGGGUGAAUUGUUAGCAUAGGACUCUCCUAAGAGGUUUGCCUUGACUUGGCAGGUGAGCUUACACUUAAAUGGCCAUUGGAGUGAUACUGAAAACCUCCAAUUAUUUAAAUGUGCACAGAGAUUUGGAAUAUGCACAAGUAACUUUUUUUUAUUACAUGAACCAAUAUUUAUAAACUUCACACCUGCUAUAUGAACUCUAUGCUUUAUUAACCCCUCACCCCUCUGAAUUAAACCCUGUCCAAAAAGGAAUACCCCCACAUUGUUCUGUAUAAUUGUCUCCAAAUAUGGAGCAUUAAAGCACAACCAUCACAAAUUAUAUACUUGUAGGUGUUAUCUGUCUCUCGGCAUUACAUGGCUAACAAUAUGGUUUCAGAAUUAGACCUGGCGAUUUUCAGGGCCCAGUUUGAGGCUCCAGCUACCCUAAGAAUGCCCCCGGCUCAGCUAAUGGAUAUUGGCACAUCUGCAUAUACACAGUAUAGGAGGAACGAGGCAUGGGUGUUAGUGUAUGUGAGGAGGGUCUUGCUCAAACAAUCUAGGAGGGAGUGGACUAUAAGAACACAACGAGAAGAGCAAUAUAUGUAAAAUAAUGAGGAAAAUAAAAGAGGAACAAUGAAUCCCCUAUUAUCCACCAAAUAGUAAUUGUGGUGAAAACACAAUUACAUUAUUAGUAUUAUUAUUUAUAUUGCACCAACAAAUUCCGCAGCGCUGUACAAUGGGUAACAAAUGGCUUCAUUUAGGCACAGAUUGGUGAAUUGGAAAAUAUUUAAAGUUUAUGUUUUUCAAACAUCUCUAUUUUAGUGUAAUGUUUGCAGUUUAGUACAUUCCUUAUACGUGAGUAAAUAGUUUGAAGUUUUGGCACUGUCUGUAUUUAUUCUCUCGUAUUGUACCUGAUCUCUUUCAUGUUUCAGCCGCUCCCCUCCCCCACAAUCCCUAACACUCUGAAUGCAUUUCUCCUUUACUCAAAGUCUUUCCUUCCUCUGUCUGUGCUUCUGUCCUUUAACAUUCCUUUUAAACUCAUUACUAAUUACAGGUGCUUCUUAGCUCUUAGCUCUUUCACAGGUAAGUGUUCUGUCUCGUUCAGUCACCAAAUAGUUAACAUAGUUAAUUUGCAACAAAAGCCUAGAAUGAUCUACUGACACCUAGUGGAUCAGAAAAUAAAUGCUGAUGCACUCCAGCUUGCUGACUAGUGGGAAACCAGGAAGGAAAAGUCUGCCUAAAUCAGCCCCGUGUAAGAAUAUCUCAGGCCUAUUCUUUAAACUAGCAUCAAUGCUUACAACUUAAAGUAAUUAUUAAUAAAAUAUAUUACAACUAAAUAUUAAAUGCACCCCAAAACACACACUAAGUGUACACUAUAUCAUUAUAUUCCCAUCUGCUUGUCAAAUGAACACUCUAGGCACCAUAACAACUACAUGUAAAUUAAGUUAUUAUGGUGCCAGGAGGACUCCAGUGCACUCUUAUCUCAAGGGGUUAAAUUGUUCUCAAAAGAGGUGUUCCUAGGCAGCAAUGUUAACACUGCCUUUUCUCUGAAAAGGCUGUGUUUACAUUGAAAAGCCUGCAGGGACAGGCUAUAGACAUGGGAACCACUACAAGCUUUAGUGGUUCUAGUCACUAUACUAAGUUGCCUCCAGCUCUGAUCUCAGCUCAGGCGGCAUCCGGGUUCUGAAAUGUCACUUUUAGGAAGCGCGUAGUGCCGCCGGGCAUGGACGCCAUUGAUUGGUUGAGAGCCAUCAGCUGGUGGGUUAACCAUGUGAGUGAAAAGUGCACCGAGGGCCUCCUGGCACAAUAACAACUUCAUUAGUUGUUAUGGUGCCUUAAGGUGACUUAACUGUCCCUUUAACACAGAUAGCAAAACUGCUGUUGACACAAUUAGCCAAAGUGUGAAUCAAGUGGCUGCAAUUCAAUUUAGUAAACAUAAAUACAAUGUCAGAACUUUAAGAUUAGGGGUUCCCAAAUGGUAGAUCCCCAGAUGUUGUUGGACUACAACUCCCAUGACGCUUUGCAUUUUUUAAGAAUGCCUUUUGAAUGACAAAGCAUCAUGGAAGCUGUAGUUUCAAAACAUCUGGGGAUCUACCUUUUGGGCUCCAUUGAUUUAGAUGUUAAAAUGUCAUUACCCAUGAAUGAACCUUAAGGUGGAAGGGUAAUAGCACACAGGCCCGGACUGGCCAUCGGGCACACCGGGCAAAUGCCCGGUGGGCCGCGGUGGCCGUGGGGCCGAGGCCGUCAGGGGAGGUCCCAGGAUCUCCCCUGCCGGUCUAUGCAGGGCUGGCACUCUCCUAGCGCCGGCCCCGCUGUUUGCAACGACGGGCCGGUGGGGAGAUCAAAGCUCUCCCUCACCGGCCCACAUGCGGCCGCCGGCCGGGAGGGAGGGAGCCAGCCAGCCGCCAGGAGAGAGGACCCGGCGGAGCUCUAACUUGCAGCCACGCCGGGUUCCUCUCGCGAGAUCCGGCGCGUUGCCAUGGCAACGACCGGAUCUCGCGAGAGUGAACUCUAGCCUCACAGGCUAGAGUUCACUCACCCACGAGGACCACCAGGGAACACCGCCACCCUGCCUCCCAGCGUGCCAGACCCCCCACCCCCUAGGCUAAAGGUAAGAAGGGAGGGGGGGGGAAAUAAUGUCUGUUUUUUGUUUAUUUACCCCCCCUACACACACACAAUAGCAUUUAUACAGCACUCUCACACCCAUCACACACAGCACUCUCUCUCACACCCAUCACACACAGCACUCUCACACCCAUCACUCACACACAGCACUCUCACACUCAUCACUCACACACGGCACUCUCACACUCACAGCACUCUCUCACACAGCACUCUCACACCCAUCACACACAGCACUCUCUCUCACACCCAUCACACACAGCACUCUCACACUCACAGCACUCUCUCACACAGCACUCUCUCUCACUCCCAUCACACACAGCACUCUCACACUCACAGCACUCACACACAGCACUCUCACACCCAUCACUCACACACAGCACUCUCACACACACAGCACUCUCUCACACAGCACUCUCACACCCGUCACACACAGCACUCUCACACCCAUCACUCACACACAGCACUCUCACACUCACAGCACUCUCUCUCACACCCAUCACACAAAGCACUCUCACACUCACAGCACUCUCUCACAGCACUCUCUCACACAACACUCUCCACCCAUCACUCACACAGCCUCUCCACCCAUCACUCACCUGCGGCACUCUCACACUCACAUCACUCUCACACCCAUCACACACAACACUCUCUCUCACACCCAUCACACACAGCACUCUCACACUCACAGCACUCUCUCACACAGCACUCUCUCUCACACCCAUCACACACAGCACUCUCACACUCACAGCACUCACACACAGCACUCUCACACCCAUCACUCACACACAGCACUCUCACACUCACAGCACUCUCUCACACAGCACUCUCACACCCAUCACUCACACACAGCACUCUCACACCCAUCACUCACACACGGCACUCUCACACACACACCGCACCCCUCACACACACCCACUGCACCCCUCACAUACAGAACCCCCAACACACUGCACCACACACAAUACUUCCAAAUAUAUAUAUAUAUAUAUAUACACACACACACACUACACUCUUAACCCCUUAAGGACACAUGACAUGUGUGACAUGUCAUGAUUCCUUUAUUCAAGUUUGGUCCUUAAGGGGUUAAAGGACCACUCUAGGCACCCAGACCACUUCAGCUUAAUGAAGUGGUCUGGGUGCCAGGUCCUUCUAGGGUUAACCCAUUGUUUUAUAAACAUAGCAGUUUCAGAGAAACUGCUAUGUUUAUCAGUGGGUUAAGCCUUCCCCCAAAACUAGCGGCUGUCUCAUUGACAGCCGCUAGAGGCGCUUGCGUGCUUUCACUGUGAAAAUCACAGUGAGAGCACGCAAGCGUCCAUAGGAAAGCAUUAUAAAUGCUUUCCUAUGCGACCGGCUGAAUGCGCGCGCAGCUCUUGCCGCGCAUGCGCAUUCAGCCGACGGGGCGGAUCGGAGGAGGAGAGCUCCCCGCCCGACGCUGGAAAAAGGUAAGUUUUAACCCCUUUUCCCUUUCCAGAGCCGGGGGGGAGGGGGUCCCUGAGGGUGGGGGCACCCUCAGGGCACUAUAGUGCCAGGAAAACGAGUAUGUUUUCCUGGCACUAUCGUGGUCCUUUAACAUAUACACUCUGGAUCCCCUAUACACACACUAGAUUCCUUGUAAGCAAACACAUACUACACCCCUAAACAUGCCCUGGAAGAGCAUUGAACCAACAUGCUCACUUUGAGAGGAGGCGUGUUUGUCAUUGGUGAUGACAAAACACACCUCCUCUGCCCCGUCCCCUUUUUAGUGGGCCGCUGUGUUAAAAAAAUGCCCGGGCCAAAUUUUUCUCCCAGUCCGGCCCUGAUAGCACAGGUCCAAGUUCUGCUCUAAGCUGUAAUCAGGAAGAACAAAACAUUUUCUUCACCAACAUCUGUUGCUGAACUAAAACUCCAGUGAGGCCUUCAAAGCAUUUUGGACCCAAAUUCCUUUCAGAAUUCAUUUUAUGCUAAAUACUAGGGUCACUUAAGAAAUCAAAGUGGUCUAAAUGGCUAUAAUUAUUUAUCAAUAUACAUCUGUAGCUAUAUCAUAUUUCCCAGCAUUGAGAGGUGUGUAAUUGGGACGAGAUCAGGAGGCCUCUACAGGUGUAGAUAGCCUUGCGUCAUUUGCUGACUGGAGACAUUGUGGAAACCAGUAGACAAGGGUCGUGCAUUCACUGCAGGCAGCUUCCCUGACCAACCCUACUCAGGGCAAACAAUGCACUACUGAAGUGCUCUCUGCAAGGACCUAGUGCCUUGAUUCAGCACAGUGCGUUCGCAUUUAUGGCGUGCUUGCGAAGGACAGUUUUAGGGUGUCCCGAGAUGCUUAACACCAGCAAACUAGCCUAAGACUGGAGAGCAAAAUGUGCAACUGGGCAGUUGGGGGUUAUGCUAUGUCUACAGCUAUGGCGUUGAAAACCAAUAAGGUGUGUAGACAUUUAUUCCUGAGUUAGGUAGUGAAGCAUGUGUGAAAGGGUUACUACAAGCACCAUAACCAAUUCAGUUAUUUGAAGUGGGCUUGCAGUCUGUACACAGAGAUUUAGCCUUUUGUUGAUUGAGACCUUUAGCUUGUCAUUAUUCAGCCCAGAACAAUAUUUCUUGGCUGGCUAAGGUCAAUUCUGUGCAUAUAGGAAGUUUAUAGUCAUCACACACAGGAUGCUGGGAACAGGCAAACAAUGGCUCGGCUCCCCCUUGCCGUGCCCAAAUCUUCCCCUCAACUCUUUGUUGCUGGCAUCACUGUCAGCGAAAUCACUGAAGGUGGAUCAGGCUGCCGGUGGAACUUUUUUUGAGGGGUGAGGACAGGAUAAUAAGGGUUGCAAUGAGUAGCUCUUUAAAUCAAGGGCGGACCAGAUGACCUUAAAGCCUACACUGUGUUUCUGGAGCAUUAUGCCAUGGCCCUUAUCAUAACCCUUUCCAGACAAAGCACUGUUACGAUACGCUAGGACUCUACUAAUGGCACAAACCUAGGGUCACUGCUUGUAUUAUAUUAAAGCGUUUGAAAAGAGGGUAGUAAGUACCUGGCACGAUAUAGGGUUACCAGAUUCUGGACCAUGUGAAUGCAUCUUACUGUACGGCUGUGGAAAAUGCCCGAGCCAAGUAUGUAGCAUUUAUACGUAGCAAAAGCGGAAAUAAUUAUUAGAAAUUCUUGCUUAUUGUUUUCACUCCUGCUGAGUAUUAAUGUUGCACUGGGCACCAUAUUCUUUGCCAAAUUAUUUUUUUUCUGUUGAUGGGCAGCACAUCAAACACAUAGAAGUCAAAUGCUGCAAUAGGGAACUCAAGUAAUUAGUUAUUGAAGAAUCCUGUAAUAUACCUAUCUUGCCUGCCAAGAUGAAGUGAUAUGUAUUCAGGAAAAAGGUGGAUCUGGAAAACCUACACCUUAUCCUGCAUCGAUCCUAGGUAACCACCUGCGAUCAUUCUGAAUUCUGUGCAGUGUGUGCGCAUGCAUACAAGGAGAUGUGUGUAUGAACAGGCACAUGCACAUUCACAGGACAUAACUACAGAGGCAUGAGAAGCCUCUGAUAAAUUAUUUCCCCACAAACAGACUAUUAGUCUCCCACGGUGGAAAAAGGGAGGACAUGCAAAGCCUGCACUUCAUAAGAAAUUGAGCUUUUGCAAGCUCCUUGAAGAUAUACCCCAAAAUAAUACAUGUAUGCAUUAUGGGUAUAUCUGUCUACUUAUUCUAAUUUUAGUGUGAUGCAAUCCUUUAAAGUCAAACUAGCUGAAUUGGAAGCCCAGCUAACUUAGAGAAUAUGUCCAGUUUAUUUGGCUUUAAAUAAGGCCUUAAAUAAGGAAUACAUUUGAAAUUCACUGUGACCAUUCUCACUUUUACUGAAUAACCCUGCUUUUAUAUGUCCAUGUUGAUGAGAAAGAGACCAAUAUGAAAGAAACCAAUUAAGUGAUCACAACAGCUUGUUUGCAGCUCUUCCUGAUAACUACAAUGAUUCCCCUCUGCAUCACACUGAUAACAGUUAUUGAUCCUCCUGUGUGAACAUGGCCUGCCCAAAAAACUACUAAGAAUCUGACAAACCCAUAUGUUGGGCUGCUGCAACAAAUUAACACACUCUAAUAAACUUGGUGUAUGUGCUAGGAGUAAGUAAUAACUUAUCUAAUAAAUUAUUCCUACAGAGUAACCUUGCUGCUCAUAAACUACCCUUAUAGACAAGCAGGCCUGCAGUGUCUUCUAUACACAGCAUUGAUUCAUUCAGAAACACAGCCCCGUGCAUAGGAGGCACACCGUCUCUUUAUUUGCUUUUCUUAUUUCUUAUUCUUCCGGGGAUGCCAGACCGGCCUGUUGAACCUGAGAUUAUAAAGUAAGCCUGACUGAUCUUCAGCAACCAGAAAAAGACUUCCAAGGCUGUUCACUAAAGCAUGAAAUGCCGGGAACUCAAGUGAAUUUCAAAUUUAAGGCCAAAAUAGCUGAACUUGAAAUCUUCUCCAAGUCAGAUAUACUUCAAGUUCUGCUACUUUAGACUUAGACUUGAUAUCUGCUUUAAAUUCCUGACAGUUUUUACUUAGCAAAUAAACCUGUCAAUUUAAAUACCAGUUGGGUUAAUCACCAAAGUGAGAAUUUAAGUGAACUACAAAUUUAAGGCUAAAGUAGCUGAACUGGGAGCAUAUCUGAUAUUUUGGCCUUAAAUUUGAUAUUCGUUUUGCAUUCCCGAUUGAUUGAUUUUUUAGUGAAUAACCCUACUAUUUAAAAGGUUACAGAGAAGUGAAGUAAUAGGUUUCUUGAAAUCAGGGAGUAUAAAUAGUGAUGCCAGGAUCACAUCUGUUGGAAUGCUCUGCUUUUGUAGGAUUUGACCUACGACAAUGUCAACGUGUUGGCUGAAAUAGCUAGACUGGAAAAAUGUUCUAAGUUAAUUAUGUCUUGAUGUUUGACUACUUGGAUCUAAAACGUGCCACUCUUUUUUUUAGGAUUAAUUCAUUUUAGGCUUAUCUUCAAAUAUCCCCAGACUUUCACACAUAGACAUUGGCUGUGGACUCACAUGGUCUGUCACUGAUUGCUGUAUGAGCUCACUAUAUGACAUCAUUAUAGUCUGACUGCACUCACAAACAGAUUAGCCACAACAGACUAUUGUGGCAUGCUUGUAUGCCCCAACUCACAGACCAUGCAAUUCCCCUGCUGCACAUGGCAACCAGAAAUGUAUGAGUCAUACUUGCCUCAUGAAUUUGCAAGCAUCUUCUCAUUAAUUUUGUUCCUUACUCUAGCAUUCCUUUAUUUGUCUGCUUUUGUCUCCUGUUUUUCCCCAUGUGUCUCCCCAAACUGUGAGUCAGCACCUGCUUACAAGCUCCUGACCACUAGGGGUGCCUGUUUUUAGCACUUAUAAUGUGCUUUUUUUAACCUCAAAUAGGCUGUUGGGGAGAGAUAAUUACCAAGCGCCUUGGCCGGUGUCCUCUGUGUCCAGUUAACCUUAAAGGAAUUCUAUAGUGCCAGGAAAACAAAGUUGUUUUCCUGGCAAUAUAGGCUCCUACAGUGCCCCCCUCCCUCACGCCCCCCUCCCUCGGUUAAAACCCCUGAAGUCACCUAACUGAAUCCAGUGCUGAUGUCCCUCAGCAAAAUGUUAGUUUUGGUUGGAAUCUGUCAAUUUUUCACAAUUCUGAAUUAACUGUUAUCUUUGCCUCCGACCUCUCCUUCACCACUCAUGCCCAAUCAAUUACCAAAUCCUCCUACUUCCAACUCAAAAAUCUAGCGUGCAUCUCCCCUAUUUAACACCUGAUACAGCUAAGGUGCUUGUCCACGCCACUGUCCUCUCUCGCCUUGACCACUGUAAUCCGCUUCUCAGUUCUCUUACAUGUUCCCAACUUACCCCUAUAAUGAAUACUGCGUCGAGGCUCAUUUUCCUGUCCACCUGCACCUCCCACACCUUCAUGUCAGUCUCUAAAUUAGCUUCCAGUAAGAUCAGCGCUGUAUCUAGUGCGAGGCUGACAAGGCAUUUGCCUUAGGCGGCACUUUCAGGGGGGGCGGCAAGAAAAGCCACCCCAAUCGCCCUGGCAGAUGCCUUGCCAGCCAUUUUGUCUUGGGGGGGGCGUCAAGAGCAGGCCGGUUGUCCAUCCUGGGCCCCCUUGAGGCUGGCAUCUGUUGAUGCUGUAGGCAGACGGCAAUGGAGCACUCUCCCUUGAGCUCUUCCUGCUCAGCUCCAUCGUGCACCCUGCAGUAAUGCUAGAGCCGGACUAUGACAUCACCCCGGCUCCAGGAUCAUUAAGAGGCACGCAAGGGAGCUGAGCAGGAGGAUCAGAGCUCCCUCGCUGCUUUCAAUAUGCCCUCUUGCGCCCAUGCCUGCCAACAGCAGCCCCACUGGACACCCAAAGGAAGGGAGGCUGGGUGGAUUGAACUUAAAAAAAAAAUGUGUUAGUGUGUGUGCCUGUUAGUGAGUGUGUUAGUGUGUGUCUGUUAGUGAGUGUGUCUCUAUUAGUGUUAGUGUGUGUCUGUGAGUGUUAAUGUGUGUGUGCUAGUGUGUGUUAGUGAGAGUUAGUGUGUGUUAGUAAGAGUGUCUGUCACUGAGAGUGUAUAUGUGUUUAUCAGUGAGUGUGUAUGUGUGUUUGUCAGUGAGAGUGUAUAAGUGUUUGUCAGUGAGUGUGUAUGUGUGUCAGUGUGUGUGUGUAUCUGUUACUGAGAGUGAGUGUCUGUCAGUGUGUGUAUGCGUGUCUGUCACUAAGAGUGUGUGUCUGUCAGUGAAUGUGUAUGUCUGUCAGUGAGUCUCGUAUAUGUGUGUUUGUCCGUGUGUAUCUGUCAGUGAGUAAAUGUGUGUCUGACACUGAGUGUGUCAGUGAGUGUGUAUGCAUUUCUGUCAGUGAGUGUGCAUGUGUGUCUUGUCAGUAAGUGUGUAUGUGUCUGUCGGUGAAUGUGUGUCUGUCAGUUAGUGUAUAUGUGUGUCUGUGGGUGAAUGUGAGUGUGUGUGUAACUGUGAGUAAGUGUAACUAUGAGUGUGUGUAUGUCUGUGAAUGUGUAUGUUUCAAUGAAAGUGUGUGUUGGUUAAACAGUGUGUGUGACAAUGACCGUGUAUCUGUAAGUAAGUGUAUGUCAGUGCAUGCAUCAGUGAGGGCGUGUGUCUGUUAGGAAGAUAAGUUUGGAAGGUGGUGGGGUGCCCGAGUUUUGUCAUGCCUAGGGCAGCACAAAGUCAGAAUAUACCACUGAGUAAGAUACAGGGCUCAAUUUAAGAUCCUGGUAUUUUCUUACAAAUCUCUACACAAUGCUGCUCCGACCUACCUAUCUUCACUAAUACACAAAUAUGUCUUGUCUAGGUCCCUAGGCUCGAGCUAGAGCUAGGGCUGCACCAUAUACAUGGAACACUCUUCCCCUCUCUGUUAUACUUUCACCCAGUCUCCACUCCUUCAAAAAAACUUUGAAAACUUACUUCUUCAGGAAAGCAUAUCAAUUAAACUGUUAGCAACUUUCCCUCCCUGCACCCUGAUUCCUCUUCUGCAACUGUCAUCAAAGCAAAACAUAAAGCCCUACCUUCUACCCUAUACUUACCUUCUGUGUCACUAUGCCCCACUCCCUCUAGCAUGUAAGCUCAUUGAGCAGGGCCCUAUGUUCCUAUACGUUCACCUCAUCUGGUGUCUGUAAGUCCACUCAUUGUACAGCACUGUGGAAUUUGUGGUGCUUUAUAAAUAAUAAUAACUGUCAAUAUAAAUGCUAAUUUAAGAGAAUAACUGUAGGAGCUUUAUUUAGGAGUACAUUCACUAAGCAAUGGAUUGUCAGCUUUUAUCUUUAAUUUGUUUUAUUUGUACAAAUUGCAUAGUUUACAAACCGUGGAUAGCACAUUCAUAUGUACAAUACCAUAUUAUGAGUUAUUAAUUAUGAGUACACAGUAUAAACUCUGAGAGAAUAGAGAAGUAAGAAGUUGGGGAGAACAUGCCACAAAGACAACAAUAUUUUCUAAGUAGUGUGUCUGAGAUGGAGAAGACAUUACAUGGCCAAGGACCAAGGGUCAGUCUCAAUCAGUCUAUCCAGGGAAGGAGGCUGUUGAGUAUUGGGUAGGAACUUCUAUUCUAAAUACAUGCCCCACUAAAAUUAGGAGAGGUAAUAUGGAGGAGACCUACCGUGGAAAGUAUGUCUUAAGUCUUUCAUUGCUAUCUCUUUUUGAUCUUUGAAGAUCCACCUUGUAAAAGUAGAGGGGUUGGAGUUUCCUCAGAGCAAUGUAAUGAUUACAAUUGCCAAGCUGGGUAAAUGUUUGAUUAUAAUUUUGAAAAAUUUUUUUUAGGGAGACAGUCAUUAGGAUUUGUGGUGUAGAAGAACCUGUGCAGGGUACAAGAGAAAUGUUCCAUCUGAAAUCUAGUCAAAGGCUACAUUGACAUCUCACAUCUUGACCUACUGGGCAGUCAUACCACAUUUGUAGAAGUGAAAUGAAGUAGGGAGGGGGUGCAUUACCAACAGCCAUUUGGAACAUUGGGAAAAUCAUGCCACUGCAGUCACUUUGCUCAAUUCUCUGCUGUUUAGGAAAUAAAUCAUCUUUUUUAUGUAGCCAUGGCCACAUCAUCUCUGGCUUUGACACAUAGCCUUCAAGAAAAAACGGGUUUAAUUUGUACAGCAGAUCUUCCAGCACAGUGUGUCUACUUGGAUGUUCUUAUCUCCCACUCUAUUACAGUUCUAAUAGGCAACAAAUAGGGCAUUAACUUCUAAAUUAAACACACUGUAUAAUAGAAGUUAAAAAAUUAGACCUUCUUUUCAGGAAGCAUGUAGGAGGCUGUGUGAAUCACAGCCAGUAGAGAUGUGGCUAGGACUACAUAAACAAAGUGAUUUGACUCCUAAACGACAGGUAAUUGAUAGAGUCUGUAUUGAGCUUAAGUUGAUUUGGUGCUUAGCGUCCCUCUAAAUUAGCCAACGUUGGAAAAAAAUAGGUUUGCGUUUGUGUAACGGCACCCCCAAGCAUAAAAGGGUUAAACCGCCGUUUAGUAGAUCUUCCCUUCCAGAGACACAGGCACAGCUACUGCAGAACACCAAUGCGCCGAACAGGAAACCAUAUGAAUGUUGUAAACAGCCGAAUAGGAAAAACCAUACGAAUAGGUUUACACUCCUAGCAGUCGAACUGGAACAGCAUACAAUAAAUCCCCCCAAGAAUGAGACAAAGCUCCGUGUUGAGGGUCAAGCAGUGAACAGACAGAGCUGUGGGUUUAUUGUUCUUAUAUACACAUUAGUACCACCCACAGAGUUUUGGAACACAACCAAUAAACACAUAAAAUACACUCAGACACUCCCACACAAAAUCCUCCCCUCUGCCUGUGAUACAAUUACCUUACACAAUGGGUAAUGUAAUUAUCACAAGCAGAGAAAUACAAUUUUUCCACAUUAUUCAUAACUUGAAAAGUAUGCAUCACAUUCACAUAAUCCAAAUACAAACAUGUCAAAAUCAUCCAAAUUGGUCCAGUGGUUCAAAAGAUAGAUCGUAGUCCUUUGUGACCAAAGGAAGCAUGGCUUUUCUGUCCAAAACCAGUUCCACAGAGUCUUCUAUCCUGGAGAUAAUUGGGAAGUAAUCCAAUUAUCUCAAAGGACAGAGGCAAAACUCCAUUGAACACAUGGCAGCAAAAGACAAUAAAACACAUAAAAACAUAUAACUGUGCAGCCAUUGCACAAAACAGGUACAUUCAACAUAUCCCCAGAUAGCUCAGAUCUGAGCGCACAUUAUUACUGAAUGGCGCUCAGAGCACACACAUACAGUUCAAUUGCCAUGGAGCCAAAGUCUUUCCCAUAGUCUUUCAUUAUAAGAAUGGGCUCCAUGGCAUAGCUAUCUGGGGUAUCACCGCUCAAACAGGGCCAGCACCGAAUGACCCGGCUUUCGUGUCUCCGCAGGGGAAAAUCAAGCGUUUCAACAUGGGGCCAUAGUCUAAAGGCAGCAGGCGGGCAACCAGGCUCCUCCAAUGCACAGUGGCGAGAUUGGUCUCGUCACAGGUUGUUUUGGAUUUUUUUAUUUUGUAUAUUUUAAAGACUAUUUUGUUCAUAGAGGGUUAUUAAAAUUAUUGGGAAUUCAAAGAAUUCAAAUGUAAUUACAAAAUAGCUGAAAUGGAAACAAAUCUCCAAGUCAGUUAUGCUUUCAGUUUAACUACUUUGGCUUUAAUUUGGAAAGUCAAUUUAAAUUCAGAGUGAAUUCUGACAGUUCUCCCUUUAGUAAAUAACCCUAUAAAUGUUGUAAAUUGGUUGUCAUCUCACCGUCUAGUGAAUAGAACACUAUGCUUUUAUGUGAUUAAGUAAAUAAAGUAAAGAUUGCUUGUUUUCUUCCAUUAGACUGCUGUGUUAUUUUUUACAGCCUUCACGUUAUGAGUGACAGCACCUAUGAGAAUAGCUGGUUGGAUUGCUAUAUUAUUUGCAUCACUGAGCAGCUGUCAUAGGCAAAGCACUUACUAACCAGAAGUGCUAAACAGAAACUGAUCUCUACAUUUAAAUGCAAAAAAAUCCUUACUGUAGUCAGCAGAAAAAGUAUGGCAAAUAAGCUGGAUCUAGGAAAUAAAUCUUAACCCCUUUUUUAGGAUCAAUACUAAGGUCCAGUGUUUAAAAACCACUAAUAAAAAACGUUAUCACCACUGGUCUUCAGUGAAUCAUCACUAUAAAUUGGAAGCAUAAUAAUCCGUUCUUGGAUUUAUUUAUUAAACAAAAAUUUAUGAUUUUUUGCCUGAAUUCUUAUUAAUUAAUAUGCCUAACGUUUAAUUAUUUUGUGAAUUAACUCCUAUUUUAAUGUAAGGUUGUUGGAAAAAUGCUUACUGAGUUGUUCAGUGGUAAAAGAGUUAUACGGACACUAUAGGCACCAAGAUCACUUCUUCUUAUUGAAGUGGUCUGGGUGCACUGUCCAUAUCCCCUUUAACUCAGUGAAACGAAGCUCCAGCUUCCAGCGUCUUCAAAGUCCCCAAAGGAAAGUAUUGCACAUUAGGAUCCCCCAAAUUGCAACCCAUUGCUGAGGGACGUCGGCACUAGAAUCAGGUAAGUGUUUAAAGUUUUGGGUUUUUUUAAAACUCUUUUUACUUGGCAGGGUGCAGACAAUCAUUUUAGUGCAUAGGGACACUAUAGCUUGCGGAAUACACUUUUGUAUUCCUAACUCUAUAGAGUUAAUUUAACAGAAGUUUCAUUAAAAUACAUAUUUGCAGUUUUGCAAAAGAACUGCAUAAUAUAUUUUAAACAUAUUUUCUUUUUCUUUUUUUUAAUUAUUCUUUUUAAUUCUUUAUCUUGCAUGCCAAUAUUCUUAACAAAUGUAAUCAUUUAACUUGCAUGCUCAAAAAUCAGUCACUGUGAUGCAAUUAUUGUUCAAAUACAUUGGCGCUAUAUAAAUAAUAACAAAAAUAAUGAUACAUUAUGGAUGAAACACUCAGACGGAGAGACAAAGAAAUGACGAUACAGGUGAAUGUUACUUACUCAAGGAACACAAGGCAUUCAACACCAGAAGUUCAAGAAUGCCAGUUAGAGGCAAUACGGCAAGCAAGAGCAAACUGGCUAGUCAUAAACUCAGUAAAAAGGACAUAUGGGGAAGACAUUGCAGAUUAAUGGCUGUCUGGUCUUUGGUAUAGUCGGGUGAUGGGUGGAAUGUUACAAAGAAUUUGCAAAGACGUUUAGAAGAUGCAUUUUUAAAAAAUUAAUAAGCAGAAUUAUCUUUGUAAAAAGAAAAUUGGAGAAUUAUGAAAGUAUUGCAGAAUUGAAGAUAUAAUAUGAAGAAAAAAAAAUUCAAUAUUGUGUUGACCUAUUCAACUAUUUUGGCCUACAGUUUGCAAUUACCUUCUCAAUUCUCCACAAUUUACAGCUUGUCAUGUUCCAUUGUAAAUGGGAAAAACAAAGCCUAUUUUCUUUGUUGAAUAAUGUUUAGUGGUGUUUUGAAAAAGUACACAAUUCUUUUUUAAUUAUUAUUUAUUAUUUUUGCCAAGUCCCACAUAAUUCCUCGCUAGGGGGUAAGGAAUGUGGCUGAAUUCUCUGAAAACUCUGGGCUACGGAUGAUAGCAGGGAUUAAUACGAACCAUAAUUUCGCAACGCAAGAAGACUACAAGGCCGUUUUAGUGCAUCUGCUGCACACAAAGUGUUGGUACAGCUUGUGGCCACAAAGAUACAGGAAAGUCUUCCAAAAAGUAGCUAUUGCUACAGGCAGUACUAUUUGAACUCCUACACCAUCAUAGGCGUUCUGAAAAAUCUAUACAGAGAAACUACUCUUUCCCUGACCUCUGAUCUUAUGACCCCAGGCUGGCCUCGGGACAGGACUGACCUGGUCACAGGCUGACCCUGAGCCAAUAAGACAGCCCUUAUUACCAUAAAACACGGGUUGGGUGGCAGGUUGACAGAUUAUAAAUUGGGUAUUAUUAUAAGUACUGUAGAGAACAUGGGAUAAAUGGUGAGUCCUUGGAUUUUAAUAUCCCUUGGGUCUUACGCUUUAGCUGACUACUGAAACUAACAGUGACCCAUAAUGCAAUAAGAUGUAUAGAUGAUGGGAUAUGAUCAAGUAUCAAACACAGGCAACAAAGGCAUAGACAAAAGAAGAGAAUACCUAGAACAAAUACACUUAGCAUAUUUUAAUCCGUUUAGUUUUUUUUUAACAGUAGAUUUUGUCCAAAUGGAUUUUAGAUAUCACAUUACAGAUUUUAUUUCAAGACGGCAAAAACAUAAAAUGGUCAAGCGAGUUAAGAGAUUAAAUUGAAACCAUUUUUAUUUGAUAUAAAACUAAAUUUCUAAUUUUGCUGCAAAACCGUUGUUUAAAAUGGAAUUGCAACAUUCAGAUUCCAAAUCAGCAAUUGAUGCCUACAUUUUGUAAUGUGAUUUUUAUUAAUUCACUACACAUCACAGUUUAGUAAAUAAAUCCCAACUUCAGACUGCACUGCAGUACACACCGAAUAAACUGCUCUGCAGCAAAUUGAAGAGAGAACAAAUAUGAACGCAAACUGAUAAUUUUUUUAUUUCUUUAACAUUUCUUAGAUGAUACUCAUAUUUAGGAAGCUUUAUAUAUAUAUAUAUAUAUAUAUAUAUAUUAGUAACGGCAGCAUUAUUAGUGAGUAAAUUGAUAAUAUAAUCACAGAGUACAUAAGAUAUUUUAACAUUAUACAAAUUAUUAAAACGCACUAGACUUUAAAACGAGGUGGAGUCAAACUACGUUGAUAUAAUAUUACAGUUAUUAGUCGUCACAGUCCUUAUAGCAGUAUGUUGGUUAGAGGUGGCAGUAGAGUAAAUUAAAGACCAGUGAUCAUUUAAAAAUAUAUAUAUUUUAAAGAGAGAAAUAUAUAAUUUGUUUAGUAAGUAUUAUCACACUUUUCAUUUGGGAUGGAUGAAUGUAGAUUAAGACAUUGGGUGGGUUAAGACGGGGUGUUAUCUCAAUGUGAUGGUAGCAAGACUCUUUAGAAAAGGGGUGGUCCAGCCCAAAAAAGGGGUGUGUCAGCCUGGUGUGCUGUCCAAUGAUAUGUUCAUGAUACCAGAGAAUAAAAGUAGGACAAGGCGACAAGAGUCUAAAUUCGGGACUCUUACAUUUUAUAACUUGCUACUGUAUAAUAAAAUGAAGCUACAUUUUCCCAAACACAAAAACAGCCAGGUCAAUCAUAGUUUCUGCGAUUCAUAAAACCAAUAAAAAUAUCUUCUCUCCAACUACUACAUGUCUUCUCUAUAGUCAAAAAUGUUUUUAAGACUGCUUUAGGGGAAAAAAUGAUUCCAUGCCUUAAAAGGAUGUGUUACAAGCUCUAUCAGAAUCCAAAGUAUUAUUUAAAUAAAAUGUAUCCAAACAUACAACUUGGUUACACUCUAGAAAGGGAAUUGCACAGGUUAAAAUACACUUGUAGUUCCAAGUUGGCUAUUUUGGCCUAAAAAUGUGUUCUUGCAAUCCCCGUAACAUUAACAUUUUAUUUUCAGUUUUGUGAAUAGCCAGACCAAUGUCUUGCAUGGUACUCCAUGCAAGACUUAUACUGGAGCUUCCCACUCCCUGAAACAUCCUUAUGCAAAUGAUGUGAUAUCACACUGUCCGGUGAUGAGUCCUGAGCCACCCAUCCAGUCUUGCAUAAUUUUAAACUGACUACUGAUCACAUCUAAGGGAGCGUGAUGGCCUUCUGGACACAGAGAAAUCCAUAAAUUAAUAGCGUUACCUAUUAAAUUAUAAUAACACAGUAAGGUGCCCCGUCCUAUCUUAAGUAUGCAACCCCAGGCAGCGGCCCACAUCCUCAAAUCUAAGAGUGGACUAGGUCUGUCAUAUGGGGAUUUAUCAGUCCCACCUUGUACAUUGCUGCUAGAAAGGUUGGAAUAUGAUAAACACAUGAUAAGAACGAGAAACUGGCUGUUAUAUUAAUCCUUAUAUUCCAUUAGCUAGAGCUGCAUAAAGAGUGCUGGGUGCAUGGCUUUUAAAUCUCUUGCCUCCUCUGAUGAUUCUAGCUUGAGGCAUAUCAGGAUAUAAUGUGGUCUGAUGUUGCCAUGCGUGGAAUAUGCAUAUUACAUGGAGUUCAAGUGGAAGGUUGUUGCACACAGCAGCAAGCCACCCUCCUUAUAUGUAUUCCAGGCCCUAAUUUACCACCGAUAUGCUCCCAUGCACAUGAUGUUAAAUGCCCCCUCGACUUGUUAUCUGAAUGAAUAAAUAAGCAAAAAUCCAUGAAAGGAGGAAGAAAACAUCACUUUCUAAAGCCGUCUCAUUCUGUAACAGCAAAACAGCUGAUUUUAAUGGCAUGCUUGUGAUCGCACAACCAUGGAGUUAUAUAUAUAUAUAUAUAUUUAUAUAUAGUGAAAAAUGGCUCUAAUGUUGACUUUUAGAUGAUGGCUGAUUGUCCAGGACCUCUAGGCAUGGGCUUCUAGCAGCCAUUGCCUGACAUAGGCACUGCGUGCUGGUUAAUGUUAACACUAGGACAGUCAUUCCAAAGGCACUGUGUACUUACCAGAUGUAGGAGUACUAAGGUUACCCAGACAGCCAUUCAUCUGUCUAGGUGAGGCACAAGGAAAGUCAUUAUAUGCAGUCUUGGAUCCAGAUGGAGAAGAGAACGUCCAAUGAUUUGCGAGAUCCACCCAAACAGCAGACGACCUCCAAAGCACACAUUUUAAGGGAAAUACUCAGACAGCCCUAUUUUUAAAAUAUGACCUCAGAGGUCGCCCUACACAAAUCUGCCAUGGCUACGUCUAGCCUUAUCACUUAAGCUGCUGAUUCAGGGAGACACGGCAUCAUUGUACAAAAUCAAUACUGUUACAGCCAUAAACAAGGUCAACACAAGUUUUCAUGGUGACCUAGAACUGCAGUUCCAUGGAUGGGCAAGGUUUGAAUAUUAUCGUAUACAUAUUAGGAUGAUUAAUCCGAAAAACCUGGAGAAAUGGAUUAAUCAUCCUAAUAUGCAUACGUUCAUUUUUUAAGAUAUUAAUGGGGCCUUAUCUAACCAGUUGAGAUUAUUGAGAGUUGUGAUUCCUGUAUAUACCCAAUUCAACCCUUAUUUUUCCACUCUAUUUUGGAGAUUAUUUUGUCCUUUUUACUAUUAGGGUUUGAAUCUUAUUAUUAAUUAUUAAUAUUAUUGCCAUUUAUAUAGCGUCAACUUAUGUUUUACAGAUUUCUAAAUGGGGAAAUUUAACAAUACAUGAGACAACUACAAAAUGUUACAGGAAAAAUAGGUUCAUGAGGACACUGUCGAAAGAUGCAUACAUGCACAAUAAGAAAAGGAAUCUUAGAUAGUACAAUGUUGCAAGGGAUUGUUUUUCUUUUAUAAUGCCUAUAUAUUCUGCAGUGCUGUGCAUUUGGUGGACUGCAGGAAAGAUCAUAUAAAAUGUGCUUGAUUUGUUUUACUUGUAAAUCUGACUGUCUCAGACCAUUUUCCAUUCUAAUCCAAUGCAGCUCUUAAUGAAACCGUGAAAUGGUCAAUGUGAAAACAUCAAAACGCGACAUUGGUACCAUCACAUCUAUUGAAAAAACCUGCAAGAAUUGUGAAUACUGAGAUCCCUGAACUCACAAAAACGCUGUGUGGGACUCCUGAAUGAUUAGUACCAGCAGAGAAGACUAAUUAUAUUUUAUUUAAUAUAAAAUAUCUAUUAAACUUUGCAUCUUAGGGUCUCCUUAAAGCGGAUCUGUCACCUUCAGGUGUUUUUGCAUCAUUUUAUGUAUCUCAAGCUGUCCCUGAUGGCCACCGCCAUCUUUGUCUCGCAGGUUCUUUUCAGUUCCUGGUACUUCGAUUGCCAGGAGGAGCCGCGCAUGCACAAAAUCACAGCACUGAAGUCUACAGAUGGCAGGAUCCUCCAUAGAACAAUGCUUGAAUCCCACAGUCUUCACAUGUGACAGCUGGGAUUGGACAAAAGUUGAUGGCGGAGCUCCUGUAUUUGACAGUCAAUCUGAAUAUUUCAUAAAAUACUAAUUUUUGAUGUAGGGUGACAGAACCGCUUUAUGUCUAAUGAGUUCAUAUGAAAUGGACCCUUACUCACUGUGCCUAGAGUGCUUAUUAUCCAAAUCUCUCUAACAAGUGCUUUGAGAGGCUGACACGAUUUUAUUAUGUACUAUGUUUUAUGCACUAAUGUGUAGAGAUUAUAAUUAUUUUUCUAAGAAUAAUAAAUUAGUUAUUAGAGUAACAUUCGUACAUGUAUGUCUUGUAUAAAAAUGUUGUAAAUGCAUUUCUGGCAUUGUGAAUUGGUGAUGCUAAAUAAUCAAUCAAGGAAAUUGAAAUCCUACCAAUGGCAAUGAACUCAAAGGUAUAAUAAUAGUUCAUCAAUGUGAGACUGAGGCGGAACCAAGCUAAAUAACAUAUGAUUCCUUUAGCUGGCCCUCAGUAUAACAGUAUAGCUGUGUCAAUUUGAUUUUUAAGUGUUUGAUGAACCCAGCUCAAAGCAGCCUGUCUAUUGUGUGUCUAAAACAAUUCAUCCCAGUUUGUAGAUUAUCUUCAGUUUGGUCCUCUCACACUUUUACUCCCACAACUCUGCAAAUGUACCAAUCGCUCCUCACUCACCGACAACGUCCCCUUUGUUGAUGGAAAGAGAUAAAAUGGUUAAUUCCUUAAAUUAAUUUUCUAUAUUUUAUUUACCUUAUAUGUAUAAAAACAGUAAUUCAAUCUAUUUACCAGAGGGAGAUGUGUAAAUUCAGACUUUACUGUCCAUCAUUUCAGGUUGUUGUUUUUUAAACAAUUUAAAAAGGUUUUUCAUUAUUUUGUUA